GUUACUCUGCUCAACAUCUGCAAACAAACUGGAGUUUAGUUUGAAACAUAAAGUACAAAACUGAACACACAAAAAAAAAGCAUUUGGUUUCUUUUCAAUUUUUUUUAAUUAUUUUUUUUUUAUCUUUGAUGGGUUUGACAAUGGCAAAGACAUCAUCACUACAAGGAUACCCCACAUUUUUGAUUUUGGGUAUUAUCCUGCACAUAGCAAGUAGCCAACAAGGUAAGAAUGGCAAAGGACUUAAUUCUUCAGCAAUUUAUAAACAAAAUGUUUACUUUAUGACUUUUUAGCAUUGUAGAUGUUAAUACAAAUGUGUCAUGUUUUGAUGCUUGCAUUGUACCCAAUAUUAAUCCUUUCUCUUUAAGUUUGAAAUUAAGUUUGAAAUGAUUCAUGCUGAUCUCUAGAAAACUUUAUUCAGUACUGAUUUCUUAUUUUUUUUUUUACAUCUAAUACAUUGUGGUUUACUGAUCUCUAGAAAACUUUAUUCAGUCCUGAUUUUUUUUUCCAUCUAAUAAAUUGUGGCUUGCCUACCUGCUCAUCAGUAGAUUCUAGGAGCUUUCAAUGUAAUUAAUAUAAAAUUAGGGUCAAUAAUUAUGUUAUGGUAGGUAAAAAUAUUCACAUCGUGUGCUGUAUAUCACUGUUUUGCUUUGAUUCUGUCAAACCAAGUGAUACUUUUACUGGUAACUUGAGCUAUAGUGAUACUCUAUAUUGAUACUAUAAGGAGAAAUACACUGUACCGUUUAUAUGGCUGGUUGUGCAUGAUGUAAGUGGCUGCUAUUUUGUCUGUAUGUUCUGUGCUGUACUUUUAUCUCACUGUGUAUUUUAACACUUCGAAGCCUUCUUGUUACAGACUUGGUGAAUUUGCGUAUUUUUGUUUCUAAGGUCUGAAAAGGUUCUAAUCUAGUAGCUCUGUGAAUCAUCCACUAAUACACAACAAAUAUUGACUGACACUUCUUAUCAUCAAAGUAUUCUCUACACAAGUUUAAGAAUUGCUGAUUAACUUUUGAGAACUGGAAGUGGCAGUCAGGGAGUACAAGGGGUUAAAAAGUGAACUUGUGUUUAUUAAAUAGAUGACAGUUUCCAGUACUGUUGAUGAACCCAGUUACUCGAUUAAAGUGAGCAGCACACAUUUUGGUUUUUCAAAGAUCUUGUUGCACAGUGGGUGUAAUAAUAAAGGUUUGGUACCUAUGGGGUUAAAAUGGAAUCCCUGUAGUUUCAGGAUUAUUCAGGCCCAAUUAAACAUCUUGCUGAAAAAAACUGGAUUAAAAAGUGCAAAGCAUUAAUUGAGUUCUGAAUAAUGUGUUUGGCACACACUUGGCAUGUAAAGGGUUCUAAUACACUUACCCCAGUGCACCUCACACACUGGCAUUGUUAUUUGUAACUAAUAAACAUGCAUCAUUUUCUAGUAUUACUGAGAGUUAAUGUAUGAAAAACAUUUUACUUUGUGCAAUGAUUCACCAAAUGUGAAUAUUGAUGUUUUUCAGUCCAACACAUGUAUCUCUUGUGUCAGACUGCUGCUAAAAACAUGCAUUACAGAUUUUUACAAAAUGUAAAAAUGUUUUCAACAUUUAUUCACAAAACUACAAAUUUUAGCAAAAUAAAUCCAAACUACAAGAUUGAGCCUAAAAUAGCCAAGCGGUGACUGUUGCUGAGGUUUUACAGAUCAGCUAUUUUCGCUUCUGAUUUUUUUCGCUAACAUUCUGAGUUUACUGAAUAGCACUCUUUUAGAGAGUGUUAAUUUGCCGUGGUAUACGUAAAUGCAGAAUAAGGAAGAAUUCCUUUUCUACCUUUUUUAUUGGACUAAGAAAUUUGUAGUGAUGAGCUUGAAGUAACUCCUCCCUUUAUAUACAUUUAUGUGUAACGAAUUUGUAGACAGUAUCAUACAUUAAAUGGUACAAUUAAAGGUUAAAUUUAAAAACAUAUUACAUUUCAAAUGUUAAAUUUCAAAUUCACUUUGAAUUUCCCAACAAUUCUAACUUUAGUGAAUAAUUGUUGAUGCUUAAAGUGGUUCAACAAGAGCCAUACACCAUUUGGCACAUGGCAUCCAGACUGAACAUAUAAUUUGUGUACAUGGUACCCACACACUACAUACACCUUCAUCACAUACACUAUUCAGAGCACCAGCCUAAAUUUGAUCCAUUGUACAUAUGGUACUACAGUGCAGUCAUAACAUAGCACCCACAAUACUAGCAGGGCCCCCUUAACAGCCAGUGCUACACUUACUGUACCCACCUGACACCUGAUAAACGUAUCACAUACCCACAUUCAAAACACCAAAAACAUAUCACCAGCAUGACACCCAUAACAUAGAAACCACAUGGCUUUCAUAAGUGGACUGACAAGAAGAACAACGUGAUAGAACGUAAAACAAUUAUCUAUACUUGUUCAUGUUGCUAUGUGGUAUUGACUUUUUAUGAUGUGUGCCAUUAUUCCUCACCAGCCGCAUACCAGUGGUCUAUUACAUACAUUAUUGCAUGCACGCAUUUCACUUAAAAAAGAUACCACUAGCAAAAUAAAACUGCAGCUUAUUAAUAGUUAAAGGGGCACUAUAGUCACCAAAAGAACUACAGUUUAUUGUAUUUGUUCUGCUGAGUAUAAUCAUUCCAUUUACGCUCUUUGUAGUAAACACAGUUUUGUCAGAGAAAAGGCAGUGUUUACAUUACAGCCAAUGGAUGCCUUAGGAGAUGCUGAUUGGCCAGAGCUGUUUUUGGCUUGUGCUGGCUCUGCCCCUGAUCUGCCUCCUUGACACUAUCAGCCAAUCCAAUGGGAAAGCAUUGUGAUUGGUUCAGAUCAUAACUUCUGAUGAUGUCAGGCAAACAGGCAGAUUGAGGGCAGAGCCAGCAGUUCCAGACUGAAAUAAAAGUAAGAUUUUACUAUAUUUAAUUUUAGUAGAGGGGGGGGCGGGAGUUCAAGGAGGGUAGAUGGUGUUUUUAACACUGUAGGGUCAGAAAUAGCUGUUUAUGUUCCUGACCCUAUAGUGUUCCUUUAAAGAAAGCAGUUUAAACUGAUGCUCUUAUGGUCUACUCAGCCAUAGAGAUUAUAACAUGUAAGUUUAACGUUCACAUUUAUCCUUCUAAAUCUGCCCAGUCCUAAGCAUCAGUGAUAGGCUGAUUGCAACAAGGGCUCACAGCUUGUCAUUUCACUCAAGGAUGGUUGGAUGAAAUACAACGUCUCCAUUAUCAUUGCUGUGACUGCGGAGGAGCUUGGCUUUAAGUGCCGCCACCUGGAUAUGGUUUGCUAAGGAAAUGUCACCCAAAAACGCCUUGCACCAUGAACACAACAAUUAGCCCACGUGGCCCAUACUUUCCCUGCUUUUUAGCUAAAUGCAGUCAGGUUCUAGUUUUCCUCACUCUCAAUUUAACAAUAAAUGCACUUUUGGCUCAUACAGCCAUUAACCCUGAUAAUCUUUACAUCAAGUCAGAAAUUCAUUCCAUUCCUGUAACCUACUACGAACCUACCACGAUCGUAGGUAAUGGAUCAUAGGUAGUAAAAGUAGUAAAUCCCCAUAAGGACAGCUUUCAAUACUUUCAAUAGCAUUUAUGCAGCCAGCCUUUUACAUGGUUGCUACAUUAAAUGUAUACAGGGAACAUUGGAAUUGGAACUUAGAUGUAACAACAUAGAAACAUAGAAUGUGACGGCAGAUAAGAACCAAUCGGCCCAUCUAGUCUGUCCAAUUUUCUAAAUACUUUCAUUAGUCCCUGGCAUUAUCUUAUAUCUAGGAUAGCCUUAUGCCUAUCCCACGCAUGCUUAAACUCCUUUACUGUGUUAACCUCUACCACUUCAGCUGGAAGGCUAUUCCAUGCACCCACUACCCUCUCAGUAAAGUAAUACUUCCUGAUAUUAUUUUUAAACCUUUGUCCCUCUAAUUUAAGACUAUGUCCUCUUGUUAUGGUAGUUGUUCUUCUUUUAAAUAUAGUCUCCUCCUUUACUGUGUUGAUUCCCUUUAUUUAUUCAAAUGUUUCUAUCAUAUCCCCCCUGUCUCGUCUUUCCUCCAAGCUAUACAUGUUAAGAUCCUUUAACCUUUCCUGGUAAGUUUUAUCCCGCAAUCCAUGAACCAGUUUAGUAGCCCUUCUCUGAACUCUCUCUAAAGUAUCAAUGUCCUUCUGAAGAUACGGUCUCCAGUACUACGUACAAUACUCCAAGUGAGGUCUCACCAGUGUUCUGUACACUGGCAUGAGCACUUCCCUCUUUCUACUGCUAUUACCUCUCCCUAUACAAACAAACAUUCUUCUAGCAUUUCCUGCUGCUCUAUUACAUUGUCUGCCUACCUUUAAGUCAUUAGAAAUAAUCACCCCUAAAUCCCUUUCCUCAGAUGUUGAGGUUAGGACUCUAUCAAAUAUUCUGUACUCUGCCCUUGGGUUUUUACAUCCAAGAUGCAUUAUCUUGCACUUACCCACAUUAAAUGUCAGUUGCCACAGCUAUGUCCAUUUUUCUAGUUUACCUAAAUCAUUUGCCAUUUGGCUUAUCCCUCCUGGAACAUCAACCCUGUUACAUAUCUUAGUAUCAUCAGCAAAAAGACAUAUCUUAUCAUGAAGACCUUCUGUAAUAUCACUAAUAAGAAUAUUAAAGAGAAUGGGUCCAAGUACAGAUCCCUGAGGUACCCCCCAAUAGUGACAAGCCCAAGCUUCGAAUAUACUCCAUUGACUACAACCCUCUGUUGCCUGUCACUCAGCCACUGCCUUACCCAUUCAACAAUAUUGGAAUCCAAACUUAAAGAUUGCAAUUUAUUGAUAAACCUUCUAUGUGCAACAGUGUCAAACAUGUUUAGAACAGUGUAUCAUGUUUAGUGAUGUGGAACUGCUUUUAUAAUCAUAUUAAAGUAUACUACAGACAUUUACAAGGUUAUUUGCUAAAGUGGGAAUUGUCAGUGACUGAGAGUGAAUUUCAAAUUUUACUCCAAUAGCCAAACUGGAAACUGACUUGGAGAAUAUUUCCAGUUCAGCUAUCUUUGCCUUAAAUUAGAAAUUCAAUUUAAAUUCACUCUAAGUUCCUGUUCAAAUAUUAUUUCAAUAAAUAACUCUCACAGUUCUAAAACAUAAAACAUACGUAACUGAAGGUGGCCAUUGCUCACUGGUUUGAGCACAUAUAAAACACUUCAAGUGUCUCAUUAAGAACAGACAAUGUGCAUGUAAGUAAACAUUGAACACAUCAAGACAUCCAAUGUAUACUGGACACAUUGCAGGGAAUCUUUAAAAUUCAGGCAAUGUGGUAAUUUACUUUCUAUCAGUCAAUACAUAUCUCUUUGCACUCAAAGGAGUCUUCUGCUUUUUGUUUUAAACCACUCAGAAUCAUUAUAAUCUUUUUUCAUAAUCUGUAACUGACCUUUCUGGCAUUGUCACAAAUUAUCUUUCAAAGGACUAAAAGUUUUGAUGAGACUUAAAUGGAUAAUAUAGGCAUCAGACCAAACUUAAGCUUAAUGAAGCAAUUUUGGUGUAUAGACCAUGCCCCUGCAGUCUCAAUGCUCAUUUAUCUGCCAUCAAAAAUCACAUUUUUAUUUCUGUUUAGGUAGCCCUAAACACACCUACCCUGGCUGUGAAUGACACAGCCUACAUAGCAAAAGAGGUUCAUUUCAAUCAGAAGCUAACUUAGUUUAUAAGUUUUUAUCUCCUGCUCUAUGAGUUACGCUUUAACCACUAACAAGAGGCUCCUGCAGGGUCUAGAAGGCUAUUAUAAGAACAUGAGAUAAGAAAUUCUAAAUUAAACAGACUAUGUAAUAAAGUAAGUUUAAAAUAUUUGGUCGCAUUUUACAUAAAGUGUUUAGGAAUUCACAUGCAUGGAGGUGUGACUAAGGCUUCAUAAACAAAGUGAUUUAACUCCUAAAUGGCAGAUAAUUGAGCAGUGAGAAUGCAGGGGCAUGAUCUAUACACCAAAACUGCUUCAUUAAGCUCAAGUUGUUUUGAUGCCUGUAGUGUCCCUUUAACUGGCUGUAUGCAGCUUUUCCAGAGGUCUAACUUAACCCACUCUACUGAUCAUAACACAGAAUGAUCCCUAAUCCUUGGCUCUCAUAUUCCCACAGAGACCUUAGCUGCCUUACUAUCAUUUUACUAUCUUUUACUUUGACUCUGACUCACUGCUUCCUUGAUAGCAGAUAACAGAAAUGUCCAUCUGGAAAGUCUGUUUUCUAAUUGCUUAUAGUCUUUAGUCUCUUCUCAUGUGCCCUUAGGGAACAUUCUCAGUUAUUUGGGAAUAUAAACAAAAAUCGACACAUGGGAGAGCUGCAUGAUAUUAGUUACAAAGUUGGAACUUACAGUAUAUACUCGAGUAUAAGUCUAGUUUUUCAGCACAUUUUUUGUGCUUAAAAACACCCACUCGACUUAUACUCGAGUCACUGUCUGUAUUAUGGCAACUUAGAGAGCCGCGGCCGUCAGAGCCGUGGCAACGAUCCGCGCGGCAACCAGACCGCGAGACUUACAGUGGAGCUGACCGGAACGGAGGAGAAAGGAGCUGACAGGAGCUGCAGGAAAUGUAAGUAAAUGCUUCCUGCCGGCCCCCCCACUUCACAGCCCAUGCCACUGGACCACCAGGGAUUAAGAUAGCCCCCCUCCCUGACCGGUUAACAAGCAGGGAGGGGGGACAAAAAAAAUUAAAAUAAUGAAAAAAAAAUAAUAUUAAAAUAAAAAAAAUUUAAAUAAUAAAAAUGCCCUCCCCCCACCCAGUUCACACACACUACACAAACAUACACUCUUCAUUAUAUACACACUCUGCAUUAUAUACACAGAGUCUGUGUAUAUAAUGUAGAGUGUGUGUUUGUAUGAGUGUGUGUGUGUGUGUAUAUAAUGCAGAAUGUGUGUUUGUAUGAGUGUGUGUGUAUAUAUAAUGCAGAGUGUGUGUUUGUAUGAGUGUGUGUAUAUAUAAUGCAGAGUGUGUGUUUGUAUGAGUGUGUGUGUAUAUAAUUAUAAAAAUCACAGAAUUUCAUAGCCCCAAGUUUUACCCUCGACUUAUCCACGAGGCAUAGCAUAUUUCACAAUUGUUGGUCACAAAACUGCACUCGACUUAUACAUGAGAUCGACUUAUACACGAGUAUAUACGGUACCUCCUAUUCGAAGAUCUUUUAUCAGAGAUAAAUAUCAAUAUACAACAAGUAAAAAUCUAAAAUAAAUGUAUAAUAUAUAAUAUUUUUUUUAUUUAUAAUGCUCUAUAGGGCACUACCUAUUAGCCCCCUCCACUCCCCCCUCCUCACACACACACACACACACACACACACACACGUUUUGCAGAAAACCUGCAACAAAUUAUUUUUACUUACCUGGAAUCCAGUGCUGGGAGAAGCACCUGGCACUGUCUUCCGUGACUCCACCCGACAUCCUCACGUGGUCCAAUCACAGACUUCACAUAGAGAAGCUUGUGAUUGGAAUGUUUCACAGCUCACAGCACAUGCUAAGGUGGCGAGAGGAGACAGGGAAGGAGUGGCGAGAUGAGACAAGGAGGCGGGAGGGUUUAGAAUAUUUAAGGAAAAAGGGAGGGGGUAUUCAGGUUUCCCCUUGAAGGCUCUGCCUGCAAAUGGAAGCUAAAUACGCCCGUUGCUGGCAUGCUCUGAUGAUGGAUGUAUUUUAUGCACAGAGUUGAUAUUAGGCAGGCCGGAGUUCCUAAGGGUGUAACUAUACACCGACACACAAGUGCAGCUUUGCACAAACAGAUUUUUAAAACCAUGACCACUUCAAUUCACUGAAGUGAUCAUGGUGGUUGGAGUAACCCUUUAAGGAUUAGAACCAGUAACUGUAAAGAAGCUGAAUAUGUGUACCAACGAAUACAGACACAAUGUAACAAUGUAACUCAUUUUUAAAGAUGGAAUGUUCAUUUUAUUGUAACAUGGAUUUAUGAACAAUGGAAAAUAAAUGAUACAGAGCCUGCUAAACAUGAGUCAAAGUGACUAAUCUAACAGUAAAAGGACAGAUGUUUUUUUGUUAUCUAUCUUGUGGAUCAAGAAAUGUCAAGUAGAGGAGCAAAGCUUUGCCUGUUACUUAGCUGCUGCAUUAAAUUCACUUUUGGCCCAGUAACUUUACAUCUGCUUAAUCGUUUGUUAUAUUCCAUGGCUAUGAUACUGUUAAAGGGUAAUGUACACAGUGCAUUACUUACACUACUAUGUGUCUAUACCAUGGAAAUUAAAGGGGAACUGCUACUUGUCUGGAAUUUAUACCAUUGAAUAAACAUUGAAAUUCACUUAUACAUAUGUUAACCUUUAUUUCAUGUGAAUGUGAUGUUCUGGUUUCUUUAAAUUAAUAUGAAAUAUUUACAGGGUUAUUCACUAACAUGAGACUUCAAUGUUAAUUUCAAAUUAGAUUUCAAAUUUAAGGUUAAAUUAACUGAAUUGGGGGAAAAAAGGUACCCUACACUGUAAGCGCGUCUAAGCAGGGUCAUAUUUAUUUCGAGUAGUGAAAGCAUACUGUUUAUAUGUUGUAUUUGAAAUGAAUGUCUUUUCUCUUUUGAGAAAUCUCUUAGAGAUCAAAAGAUGUCUGGAGUACCUCUUAGCUAAAUAAAUAAAGCAUUAGUAGGUAGCAUACACUUAUUAAUAUUAGCAUUUAAAAAAAAUAUAAUUCUUUAUUUUUGAUGUGCAUAGUAAAAAACAAAGGUUGCAUCACAGGCACAUUAAUUUUUAGAAAUAGAAUUAAACAGAUUCAUCACAUAAUGUAUACAUAAUAAAAAAAAAAACUGUACUUUUUCUUUUCAAUAAAAUAAAACAAGAUGACCAGUGGAGGGCUUGUACAAUGAAAAAAGUAAGAGAGACUUAGUUUAAACGAGGUUAUGAGUGUAGAAGUGAGUAUAAAAGAUUAUAAAACAGGAGACACCCUGAAAAGAGACCCCAAGAUUAAAACAAAUUGAAUGAUGCUGGUACGGAGCCACUCAUGCAGUCAUCCGACUCCCAGUCUGCAAGUUUGCAUCCUGGGUUCAUCUGCAAGGUCCCAGGGUGAAUGUCCAAACAAGCUCCAGCAGGCCUAGUAGACUAUUCAUGAAGUUUCACGUAUGUUGCAGCCGUCAUCUUGGGAUGUCAGAGAGAUCUACGCGUUUCUGGGCCCAGGCCUGAUUCCCAUCCCCCUACCUCUGUAAGGUAUGGGAGGUUAUUAUCAGCCCGCUUGAGCCAGGUUGGUAUAGCUGUCUGCAUGCCUGUAGACCUGGUGAGUGCCCCCCAAUAGGAACACUCAGCGCUGUAGAGGCCUGCUGAUCCACCUCCCAUUGGUGACCCUGAGUAGAUGAUCGCUUUCUCUGUACCAUGUCUGCCAGAUGGGACUAGAACUCCAGUUUGGACAGUGUAGAUUCAAUGUGCAUUAUUCCCAGAUUUCUAUUAUUGGCAUUUAUAUAGAGCCAUCAUAUUCCACAGCUCUUUACAAUUAUAGAAAGGGGAUAUUGUCCCUGUCAAAACAAGCUCUCAAUCUAUGAGUAUUUGAGGUAGGUAGCAAUAUAUUGUGAGUUGUCCUUGUCCAAGCUUACUUACUAGCAAGAUGGUCUGAUCAGGAUUUGAACCUGCUUUUAAGACUUUGACAUUACCACGUUCAAACAGUGGCUAAAGCAUUCUGAUGUUCAAUUGUUUGUUAAAUAGUGUUUGAUAUAGGCUUUUUCUCUUUUAUGUUGGAUAAAAAGUAUUCAUGGUACUGGUUUAACUAAGUAUCACUUUAGAUGUGUUUAUUAGGAUGAAUAUAGAAGGAAUUGUUAAAGUGACAAGUGCUCUGUGAAGUACAUCUGAACAAUAAGUAAAAAAAAAAUUGUAACAAAACUAUUAAUUAUUUCUAAAUUUAGCAAACUUCCCAGCAUAGUUAUAAAGCUAUGGCAUUUCCAUUUAUCUUAGAUAACACAUUUUAUCAUGGAAAAUGCUUAAAGAGAACCCUUAGUCCUGGAAAUAAUAUUCAGGUUUUUGUUCCCUGCUAUCCCAUUUUCUAUUCAAAAAUGUAAUUUGCAUGAGGAUGUUGGGCUGUUUUUUUUUUGUUUUGUUUUUAAAUUCUUUAUUUUUCAAGUGCAAGAUUUAUGCAUGCAGUUAUUGCCUCUGAUGUUCGAAAUGUUAGUCACUUACAUAUGUACAUUAUGAGAUGUUGUUAACAUAGCACUUAUUUUUAUUUUUUUAAGAGACUGGUCAAACUGGUGUUUUAACAUUUGUCACUAGAAGGUAAAUAUGUCCCUCAUGGGUCGGUUGACUAUACGGCUAGUUAGUCUCUGCAUGUAUGUCGCAUCUUUUGUGGCUGCUUGUGAGUUCGGCUGAGUGGUGCAUGUUGUUGCGAGUGGCGGUGGUCAUGCGAUGUCGAAUGUGCUGCGUGCAAGGGGUUAAGUCUUGUCUUUAACGGGGUUCCAGAUUAGGGUAUUCUAUCUGGAGAUGCGCCGCGUGAAUAUGUGUGUUUACCUCAUCGGUGUGGUGUGGGGGCACUGUUGUGUGGCUGCUUGGUAGGUCAGUAGGGUCUAUGUUAGAAGCUGCCAUUUUAUGGGCAACAAGAGCCCAGUCUGGGCGGGGUUUGAUGUGUCAUGGUUGGUGGAUGUCCCCUAACCUAGGUGGACACUGGGGGGGAGAUGCUGUCGCUUAUUUCUGUAGUGGUUGUAGUGGAUGUUAUACGUGGCGGCUCCUGUUUAGUGCAGGGGCCCGCUUGAUGCGCAUUGGAUGUGCCGGUUGGGGUCCUAGUAGUAGGUGUCAGUUGGGGGGAUUGUCGGUGGGUGGUCGUCUCGUGCUUGUCGCCUGUAUGGCAGGUGUUUAAAAGAGAAAGGUAACGUAGAAAAUAAACUUAAACAUAGCUUCUGAUAGGUGGGGAAACAAAUGUGAGCAUGGUUAUAAGAACUUAUUAUCUAAACUUGACAGUUUAUUAGGGUAUGCUGCGAAUUGGUGCAGUCCUUUCAGGUCGGAGCUUCUGGUUGUGUGCCCCCUCUGGAUGUGAAGGUCACGGCUCUCCCUGGGUCCCAGGUGUGUGAGGUAGAGGGGGUUGUCACUGUCGCCACUGCCGUGGGGAGCCCCAGGGCCCGGAGGAAGGAGUCUGCGUCUGCUAGGGUGGUUAGUCUCUUCGUGUUGCCCUACUUGGUUACUGUGAGUUCGUGGCAAUGUCCAUCUAUAUUCUAUACCUGCGUUGUGCAACUGGCUGGUUACCGGUCCCAGUGAGCAUCUCCACAGCAAUGUGUUGCAUGUUAUAUCCUGGUAGAAGGUAAGUUAACUGGAUUCAAAAGUGAGCAGAGUUUUACCCCGGACUGCCGUCAUUAGGAGGGCCUUGUCAGUGGACGAGUGGCAUCUGACUAUGACCUUGUGUGAUGCUGUUGGUGGAGCUUGUCUCAGUUUUGAAGUGCAAAAGAAUCCCUCAAAGGUGAGUUUCUUGGCCUGGAUGUGCGGCAAGAGUGAGAUGGUGAGUCGCCUGAGAUAGUGGGGCAACUCUGUUAUACCGAUGGAGUCGGGUAUACCCCUGAUCUUUAUGUUUACCCGCCUGUGGCGGUCUUCUACCGUGUCAGCCCUGCUCGUUAGGUUAGCUUGGGAGCAUUGCAGUUGGAGUAUGGAUUCCUUGAGGCCUUGUACCUCUUGUCUUAAGUCCAGUAUGUCCUCCUCAGAGGCUUGAGUGCGGGUUGUUACUGCUGUGAUUUCUGUCUUCAGCAGCUCAAGGUCCGCUGCAUGUAGCUGCCUCAUUUCCAGUAGAAGCUCUGCUAUGUUCUGUCUAGUUGCUGGAGUCAGGUUGUUUUCCCUUGCCGGUUCUGUUUGGCAUUGUCGGGUGUUUAGGGGUUCUAGAUGCUCCCCGGUGGGUCCCUCAGAGCCUUCUGAGCCAACAGUGUAUUCCGGCUCGGCCGCCAUUUUUGCAGCAGCAGGGCUCUGUUACAUGGUGCUUAUGUCUUGUGAGUCUUUGCACGCACCUGAUUGUGGUUUUUGGGAUUUUCUACCCAUGGUGUUCGGGUCUUGUUGGGGCUGCUGGACUAUAAAUUCUUUUUUAGAUUGUUACUAUUUACUGGAUGACGGAACCAGGGUUAGAUUGCACCCAAUAAGUGUUAAUAAUAUUAUUAGGGUUUUUUUUUUACUAGUUACAUUUUUUUUACAUGCAAUUUGCACACAGACUGGAUUUCAUGUUGUUACCUCAAAGCCACAUAUAAAAAACAUUAAAAUCACACAAAAGGAAGAGUCCAGUGGUCUGUGGACCUGUGAUAUGAUUACUAUGUUAUGUCACACAUCUAGUCCAUAACUAAUAUGAUGAUGGAAUUCUAGGUUCAACUUCUCUCAUUAAACCCAUUAAAUGUUCAACUACAGGCCCGUGAAAACCCCAAACCAGCACUGUUUUGGCAUUUGCAGGUUCACAAUAGGAAUACCUUCAUAUAACAAGUAUUAUUUGACUUUUUCAGAGUCCAGAAAAUACAAAUAGUUUGUUAAUGCCUGUUUAUGGUUGUACAUCUGUGCACUGUCUUCUGGGCUGUUUAUUUACAGGUUUUGUGUAUACUAUCUUGUGUUUUAUUGGCUCUGUCCUCUGUGUUUUCUUUGUGGUCUUACAUUCCGUUGAGAUAAAUAGUUGGACAUAAUGGUAAAUCUUAAGGGAUAUCUUCUAUUACUUUACUGUAUAAUUGUCAUACUUCAGUUUAAAAAUGUGUCCAAUGUUAUUGCAACUGUUGGCUUGUGUUUACAUAAUAAUCUCUGUGUGCGUCUUUCACGGACAUUGUGUUUUAUUUUAAAAAAGACUAGCUUACUAUUUUACACAGUUUGAAGGGAAAGGAGGUUUAUCUAUUAAAAGUCAAAAGAAAGGUUUCAGGUUUGUAAUUGUUAUGGGGGUUGGAGUUAGCCCAUAGUGUUCCUUUAAAUGCUCUGCCACUAGCGUGUUCCUUUAAUUGGUUAAACCAGGCAUAAUCAACAGUUGAGGCUGGAUUCCAUACACAUAUGUGCAUUGUAAAACUCUAAAUUCAAAGUAGUUGAAUGGAAAUUUUCUCCAAUUUAGCUAUGCUUCAAACUCACUUUGAUCUUUUGAAACUUCUCACAUUAGUAAAUAACCGUGUUAAAUGUAGGGUGAGUAUUGAAGGAAUACACAUGGUGUGUCUCACGUGAUGUAUGCAUGUAACGUGCAAAGACAACACAUACGUUAUAUGAUCUGAUUCAGAUUCAGAUUUGAAAAUUAUUGAAAGCAGUGUCAAUUCUCUUAUCUGCUAUUAUAAUUGUGCAAGGAGAUGAUAUGCACUAUGUUUCAAAACUCAUUGUAUAUCAAGUCUGACCUUGAGGUCUGAUGCUAUAUAGUUGAGUUGCAAAUCUAUCAAAGAGAUUUGAGAGCUAACAUUUUUGAAUUCUGAAUUGUCAUGUUUAUAGUGAAAUUAACAAACAUUUCAAAAUAACAAAUUUGUUAAGCUAAAUCACAUUCAAAUUUACCUUUGCUUUUAAUAAGUGAUGGAUGUUCAACAAACAGUAGUCAUAAUUUUAUACUACCUAUAUUAAAAAUAUAUAUUUUUGGUGAAUUACAUUUUAUUUGGCAAUGUUAAACAAGGCACAGCAUGUCAACUUGACAUAUACCCAUUUCAAUCAAAAAAGAUGAAUGGCUUACAAAACGAAAGUGAGAAAAAGAGGUAGGAAGGAAGAGAAGAAAAACAGUUAUAGUAAAAUAAAAUCCAACAAAUAAGGAACUUUAAAUUCCGAAACAAUGCAACAACUAGUUGCAUAUGGAAAAUGGACUCACCUGGUGGGAAAUAAUGACUACAAUCUCUAGACUAAGAUUGACAUGUUUAGUAUUAUUAUUAUUAUUAUUAUUAUUAUUUAUAAAUCAUUGAUCUUCUUGACAAAUGUUGGAAGUGCAAAGAUUGUGUGAAACAAGAAAGUGAUAUAUUGACCUGUCAAAGUUUCCAAAGGUAAAAGUCCAGCUGUGUUCUCAAGUAUCGUAUUGAUUUAUUGUUUAAAAUGAAACAUCUGUAUGUUAAACUGGAAGCAAAUUAUUAGCCACUUAAUAUUAAUUAUUUAUUGUUUAAAAUGAAACAUCUGUAUGUUAAACUGGAAACAGUGGGUAAGAACCUAUUUAAAUAAUGAUAAUGUUAUAAAAUUAAUUGAGUACCCAUUCUAAGCACUCUGAAAACUAUUUGUGUACCACACCAUCCUCUUUGAGUCUUAGUCACCCAGACAUUUUUAUUGUAUGUUUGUUUCUUUCUAGCUUCUUCAGGUUAAAUAAUUUGUAUUGAGUUAUCUCUUCCAGCAAAUAAACCUAUUUCUUUACACUCAGCUAGCAGUUGCUAUUAGAUAUGGUAUUUACUGUCGUUGAUCCGUGACUGCUGUUACCUAAUUUUCUUUAGUAUUUUUUAGUUUUAUUUCUCUACUUAUCCUUCGCUUGAUGAUUGUGUUUUGUAUUCAUAUCUAACUAGCUUUAUAUUAUCACUAUUACUAAAAAGAUACCUCAAAAUCCGAGUCUAAAGAUUGCCAAGAACGAUUGUAAUGCACAGGGCCUCUCAGGAACCCAGCACUGGGCAACCAUCUGUCCCUGAGGUUGAGCCCUCAGUUUGCAUUGGCCAUAUCUGCUGGAUUUUGUAAACUGGAUAAAUGUUAGGGAAUUAGAGAGAAGUACAUAGCCAAGGUCAGAUCUACUCCAGCAUUGUACAGUACACGAGGACAGAGCAUAAGAAGAAAACAAGACAAAAGAACAAGGUAACAUAAACUGUGAAGUCAAAACCAUUCAUCAGGAUUAGGGUAACAGUAUGGACAAAGCACAUUGGUUCCAAUGACGUAGCACAAAGGGAAAUUAAAUGCGGGCAUUACUAUUGUGCUCUGAUAUGUAUUAUGUGAUGACCAUAAUUUAGCCAUUGUAUAGCACUACCUAAAAAAUAAUAUUUGUAAUAAUAAUACAGAUAUAUGUACCUCCAGCCUUAAACUAGUACAAGUCUUAAGAACCUGGAUAGAGAAUGCUGUCCUCACAAUCUUUAUUAACAUCUUGCAACUCAACAUUAAAAAAGAACAGGAGAUCACAAGGAGUGGAAAUGCAACAUUAAAGUUGCAUCCUAUCUUACAGACAUAUAAUGCGUACAACUUCAGUAACUUGUGAAUUUGCAUAACAUGGUCAUUAAUUACUCAUAAUUGCAGACAUUGAUGAGUAUAAAAAUAAUAUGUGCACUUGAAUGUGUUUGCAGUGAAAUGUUUUUGUAAAUGUCUUAUUUAUUGAUAGAAAACGUUUUAAAAAAUGUAUAUGGUGGGACUUGCAGGUCCCGAUCAUGUUGUGAAUAAACCAAGACACAAAGGUUUCCAAGCAAACAGUAAGAUAAGGCACUCAACAAAAACAGAAAUAGUAAACGCAUAAUAGAUAUCAAGAGAUUGCAGUGGCAUUUUUGUAUUUAAAUGAUUUCAUUAUUUUUAUAUUCUUUCACAUUCUAUUAAGCUUCUGUUUUCAGACUAAGACCUCAGCUAGUGAUUCCAACAUGUUAUUUGUCUUGACAGCUCCAGAGUGCUCUUCGAGUGGACACCAGAUUCUGCAGAAUCCAUACCGAAGUCUAGACUUUGAUUCCAUGAAACUUCAGCAAUCUGCCAUUCAUGAUUUGAUUUGUGACCACUCCUUGGCUCCAGGAUGGUACCGCUUUAUGAUAUUUGAUAAACCAGCUGAGAUGCCUACCAAGUGCGUGGAGGUAUUGGUGCAAUUGAUUUUGAUUCUAAAUAUUAGCACUUGGUUUUCCAAAGACAUGUUGUGUAAAUGUGUUAUUUAAAAAAAAAAGCUUACAUUUAUAUUAUUAUAUAUAAAGCAUCAAUAUAGUCCAUGUGGCUUAGACGUAAAAAUACAUUCAAAUGGACAAGCUUUAAUUGCCUAAGCAAGAGGUAGUGAAUGUCCUGUUUAAAAACACUUACAAACAAAAUGUCAUGGUGUAAAAAUAUAAAUAUGUAAUAGUAGAUUAUAUAUCAAAUGGAUUGCUAGGUGUAAUAACACUAUAGGUCUGAAUUCUACUAGAAGAGAUAAACUUAAUGCUGGUAACUAAAUACUAGUUAUUUCAUUGACAUCUAUGGGAAAACAGCUGUUCAGUUACCAGGGAUAAUCUUGUUCUGGAAUCUAGCCCAUCAUCUGUAAACAUUAUAUUAUUUGAGUGCAAGAGAAAGAGAAACAUAUAUAAUAUACAUAUAAAGGUCAGGUUUAAGGGGGAAACAAUGGAAAAAAAAUUAAUAAAAACCUCUAUUAUGCCAGCAAUAUUGGACGCCAACCCAAUAUACCCACUCAAUCUCACAACUUUAUGCUACACGUCAUUUUUUAUUUUUGCACAAUAAAACAGGAUUGUCUGGUAAUUUUUAUCUAUUAAAUUUCCAUGGAACAAUAUCUUCAGGUACUUAGUCACAAGUAAACUUAUGAGCUUAGGAUGGACAUGUAGAUCCUGCAAAUGCAAUGAGAAAGGAAUCGCUCUGCUUACUGAAUAGACAUCAAUGGAGGAAUAGAUAUUCAUGUGAGUGGAGUAAACCCAAAUCCUUCUUAGAGAAUCCAGCCAUCAAUGUUUAUUAGUCUGUCAGUCCUGUGUUUUUGUGCUGUUUGCACUUGUUAAUUUGCAAUUUAGAGAAGGGAAAAUUAAUCAACUAUGUUAGUCAGUAAAGAUUCUUAUAGUAAGAACAAUAAAUAACUAUCCCAUGCAGAUUAAUGCUGUCCUAUGUUUUCUUUAUUUUUAUAUUGUCUUUCUUAUUAUCUUUAUUUUUCGUCUUCCAUCCCUGUCAUAGUCCGUCCCUAUAUCUCUUUUGUUCCCCUUUUGCUCACACCCCAUAUUUAUUUUUCUUUCCCCCCCCCCACCUGGAACUACUUGCUGAUAAAUCUUCUAUUCUGUCUCCCACUUUUUUGUAUAUCUUUAUAAUUUUUUAUCUUAUCUGUACCUUACUCUAAACUUCUUUAAAGUCUGAAUAAAUAGAAAAAAAUGAUAAAUGAAAGAGGAAGGUUGUUCUAUGAAGACAGGUAAGUAAGGCACGUUUCAUGUAGGAAGGACAUCCCAGUACCACAAUACCUGGGGCAGCUGGAUCCAAAAAAUACAUUAAAAUUGAUUCCUUUAUUCAUGUAGAUGUUAUUGCUAACAGUAGCUUGUUGGUCCAGUUAUUUAAAUUAAAAAGAUUUACUACCCCUCUCGGAAGUUACAAUGAAAGUUGAAUCAAUCAUGUUUCUUUUUUAUGUAUUUUAGAUGAUUAGCAGUAGCAAUGUUGGACUUAAUGGCCUUGCUGUCUUUUUCCAACCUAUUCACAUAUAACUUACACACAUACAGGGGAUUCUGCAGAUCAAAGGCACAAACUAUUAAUUCAUUUAUAUCAAUGGAUUAACUGAUGGAUUUAAAUACAGUGAAUCGUAAUGCAAUCCCUGUUUAGGAAUGUUUUAAUGUACGAUAAGGAUAAUUCCUGCAAUAAUUACAUUUGACAAAGGGAUAUAACUGUAUGUAAAUAGAGAAAUAAGCCUUUGAUAUCCGUUUUAACUCUGUUCUUUAGAGAGUUUCCCAUGUACAUUUGGCCCCAUGCCAAGUAAACGGCUGACUCUUUUUUCUUUCAAUACAGAUCACUUCUGUACUAAGUUUUGGUAUUCCAUCUCUAAAGAAAUAUAUUUUACAGAAGCUGUCAGAGAGAACAUGGCAUUUAAACGUUGGAAGCCCAUUUGUGGGUGAUAUUGUAUUAGCAAAAUAGCCUUUUUCACAUUAGGACAAAGUACCCUCGUCCUAUCAGUUGGAACCUUUAUUAUUUAAUUGUUCCAGUUCCCAAGGUUAGGAUGCAGAAUGCUGUGUAGCAAUAAUGCUUGUAGUGCUUUAGUAUCCCCUGAAGUCUAGGACGUAAUGCAUUAGUGAUACUAUUGUCACAAAUAAAUAAAGAGAUUAGUACCAUUUUAUAGAGUAUAUGAUGUACAAUCCACCCCCUCUGCUCCCCCCACACACACGCACACACACCUGGUUUCUCCUCAGCUUCUAUCUCAUUCUUAUUGUUCUCUUCCAAUCCAUAUCAGAACAUAAUUUCAAAUAUUACCUCCCUUUUAUCUCCAGUAUCCAAUUAUUUCUCUUCUUCUCUUCUUUGGUGUCUUUCUCCAUAAACCCUUCCUUUGUUCUUCCACUUUGUUUUAUUUCUAUCCUUAUGCCUCGCUCUUUUCCCUUGCACUCAUGUUUUUCUCCCGCUACCCUCAAUAUUUUUCUACAAUUCAGCUUCUUCCAACACAUGUCUCACUCUCUCCAAAACCUUCCUCAUGUAUCUCCCCCAUUCUUUUUUCUCCCACUAUGCUCCAGCGUGACUAUUUAUCCACCUUUUUUUCACCAAGAUCUUCUACAAUCACCUCUUCCCCAGUGCUAUCAGGUUAUUAUUUCCUUCCAAAACUAGAUGCAUGGAUAAUAGCAGAUUAUGCUGAAAUUCUACUUAUCAUCUGAGUGGCAGUUGGGGACAGAACCACGGUUGCUGGGAGAACCCUGUUUUCAAAGAAAUAUCUAAAUUGCACCCAUGAUCCUUUGCACUGCAAUAAGAAGUUGUGGUUAUGACUUACUGUGUGCCCCAUAACUGAAUAUGUCAAUCAACCUAUGAAUAAAUUUACAAAACUAUUGACAUCCAUGCAAAUUCUUCAGAACCUCAUAGUUAGAGCUCUAUUUUGGAUGAACAAAACUGCAGAAGAUACAGUGGUAAUAUUGAUAUUGAAUAGAAUCCUGUUGGUAGUCAUGUAGAAAACCCAGGCAAAUUAGGUUUGAAUCCUAAUAACAUUUAAAUAAACAGUACCAUGCUUCCUACUCAAAAAGUAGCUUCCCACAAAAGCAAUAGUAACACACGUAUGUCUUGUGACCCUGUCAUUGUCUUAUCUUUUACUGCUUAUAUUAAGGUUAAAAGGCUGACAUACUCAGUACCUUCCCCUUUCAGGAGAUGUGGCUUUAAUCUCACCCAUCAUUAAUUAAACUUAGAAUUCCCCUUAAAAAAAACACAUUCUGGUGUGCUAUUUGCCCUUACUUUUAGCUUUUCUUAUCUGCCAUCGGUUCUAUUCUUCUUUUUCUCCCUUCUUUUUUUUAACCAUACUUACUACUUGAAAUAGUUUUUGAUGUCAUUCCUGAUAGUUGUCUUUCAUUGUCUAGAGUUGACUGUAAGCUCAUGAGAAAAGAGCCCACACAGGUUCUUAGUUCUUUUUAUAAUUUGUUCAGUUGUCUCCUGUUUUAUAUCUCUGUAGAAAAACUGUUAACCAUUAUUACCGUUCUAUAAAUGCUGAUAAUGAUACUUUAAAUAACCACGUGAAACGUUUUUCUUUGUCACGACAAUUUAGAAUAAUUUUGGUUUGAUUCUGUACUUAUGCUUAUUAAUAAAAAAAAAAAGCAAAAUAUAAAAAUAAAAAAUACACAAUUAAAUACUUACAGAGGGUGGCAUUGAGAGCACACUGAUAGUCAAUGCAGAAUGUGUUGCUGUGUGUAAGCAAGCAGCUUCUGGUUUGUACCGAAGAACAGUAAAUAUUGUUAAUUUACUAAAGAUGAUAAAUAAUAACUUAGUCAGAUGAAAUGCUCAGUAUAUUGUUAUAUUGUUUUCUAGGCAUACAAAUUUCAGCAUGCACUUUAUACUUUUAUACAAACAGAUGUAGGCAUUAUUUAACUUUUCUUGAAAGUAUGUAAGGACAUAUUCCUUACAGUAAUCAUCAAAUAAAUGUAUCUACAUUUCUCAACAUUAUUUACUAAACUUAACAUAGAUGCAAGUGUUAUUACAUACAUACAGAAUCUUAAUGAAAUGUAAAAAUAACCCGCUCCAGUCAGCUUUGUGACCAGCAAUCAGAUGUGCCCUCUUGGGCUAACACUACUAAAAGAGUCUUGAAGUAGAUGGUGUUUUCAUGACCACAUAGGAGUAUUGUUGGUAAGUUCUAGACAAACAGAGCAUGGACAGUGUUUUUGACCAAGUGACUACUAAAAAAGACUGGACAUACCCCACUUGCAAUACCUUGGUUUGUCUACUUUUGCAAAUGGUAUGCCAUCAUGGGGGUAAAUCUCAUUCCUGGGCUACCAUACGGUCUCAAAGGUAACAUUACUAAUCUGGUACAAAACUGAAAAGUGAAAUGUGCUAUAUUUCACCCUGUAACUUUCCAAAACACCAUACAACCUGUUUAUGGUGGGUACUUUUUUUUUUUUUUUUUACCCAUGAUACAAAUAUGUGCAUUUUAUUGCAGUAAAAGCUAACAGUAUUUUGAAAUUUACAGCUAAAAUGUCAGGCUGAACUAUAAUUUUUUUUAAAAGAAAAUCUUAAUUUCUCACAGUUGUUUUUAUUUUCUUCAUAAUAAAUUAUGUUUCAUAUAUGAAUAGUUCAUAAAAAAUUAAAGCCCUGUUUCUCCUGAACAAAAUGAUAUAUAAUAAGUGUGGGGGCACUUAAUAUGAAAGAGGUGAAUUACGGUUGAACAGACAUAUAGUGCAAAUUCCAGUUUUUGUUUACAUUUUGUUUUGAUCAGAACGUGUACUAUUGACUCCAUCAUGAAGGGGUUAAACAAAUGUAAAUAUAAGUGAGCAUUUAUAAGUGAGAAGUAAAAUUGUAGAAAAUAUAUAUUUUAUUAACUAUGUGGUUUUAAGCAAAGGGGAAAAAAAGUACCAUUAGCCAAAUAUAAGGACUAGUGAAGUGAAAUGUAACCGUUUUUAUUUUCUUUGUCAUAGAUGAAUCACUGUGGAACACAAGCUCCAGUAUGGUUGUCCUUAAGAGAUUCGGAAUCUCUCCCUCCACCUGGGGAGAUAAGACAUCUCACAGCUUGUGCCACAUGGCAGUUUUUCUUCAGCAGUACAAAGGAUUGUUGCCUGUUUCGCAUUCCUGUCACAGUCCGAAAUUGUGGAGAUUUCUUUGUUUAUCUAUUGCAACCUACCCAAGGAUGCAUGGGUUAUUGUGCAGAAGGUAGAGAUCUAUUUUUAUGUGUCAGUUUUUUUUGUUUUGUUUUUAUUUUACCAAUGAAAGUAAAUCUGCUGAAUCCAUUAAAUCCUUUUCAAAUUUGUUGCUAUGCGUGUGUUUGCACAAGGGAAAUUGAAAAAAGCAAAGCUAUAUCACACUGAGAUUUUCUAUUUAGAAAUUAUGUAAACAUUAAAGGUCAGAACAUUAAUCAAUAUUGAUCAUUUUAAUGUCAAGUCAACUGUGUUGUCUAUCUGGAAAACCUGUGACACUCUCAUGCACAGACAUAAAGCAUUUAAGAAAAAGCACAAUUGUUAUGUGAGCAUAACACAGUUGUCAUGUGAGCAUAACACAAGUGUCAUGUGAGCAUAACAGCAUGCGUGAAAUGAAGCCAAUUCAGAGUCACAACAUCAACUAAUCACAUAGAAUCUAUGUGUACUGACCCUAGAGCUCCCACCCAAGCAAUGCUGUAAAACCUUAUUAGAACUUUUAUGGAGCAGAAGUAGUCUGAGCAAUCAGUGCAACAAAACUAAAAAUGCAUGCUUCUAAUCCGCUAAAGGGAUUAUGAUCUAGAAAGAAUUAAGAUUUUAUUCGCCCCAACCCUAAAAUUAGGAUGUACAACCAUCCACAUACAUAACCACCAAAAUUGCCUGAACUAUUUGCCACGAGCAUUCACUAAUGACGCUAGAAACAUCUAACAAAGUGAAGUUGUUGCGUUUGUGGGACCAGGUUUAGAUGUAGCAUGCCAUGUGACUUGCCUUGCCGUCCACGUAAAGUACCAUUUUAAAAAUAGGUAGACUGAGGUUAACAUCAGUGAUGCACAAAUUGCAUUGAUUGGGUCUAAAAAAAAAAAAAAGGAAGAAUUUUUAUGUCAUUAUAGUAUAGAUGUAUAAUUUCAUGUUGUUUACUCUAGAUUCUGAUCCUACCAGGAAACAUAAUUCCAAUCAUAACUGUAACUGUGUUUUUCCAUCUGUUUCAAUGAGUCGGACCAAAUUGUCUUUGACCCUUUUAACCUCUCACACUGGUGUUAUAUAUUAUGCCAUAAUCUUAAAAUUCUAAAAACUGAAGUGCAUUAAAAUUCCACAAGGUCAACCUUGGUCAGAGAUUUUGUAGGUCAAGUGUCUUAAUACUAUUUAUCAAACAAAAAAAAAUUACACUUCUUGACAAUGUAUUGUUUGUUAGUGCAACUUCAACCACACGAAGUUCGUAUAUGAAACUUGUCGUAUACCUUCUUAAACAGAUUGCUUCACUAGACAUUCCCGGGUGUCAAUGACUGAAAGUUUGUUGAUAUUUUUUAUAGCAUGGACAUUAAAUUUUGCUCUUUUUGUUAUAGUUGUUUCCAGUACCACUGCUCGGUCAAAAUGUGGUCCAGAGGAAACUAAUAUUAAUGGAGUGUGCAUAAGUAAGUGUUCAAGGUCUUAUAUCUUAUAUUAUAUCUGAAUAAAAGUGUUACUCUAAAAAUCAUGUUUGUUACGCAAAUUAAGGAUAAAGUUGUGGACUUUCCUAACAAGACUUCAACCCACAAAGGAGAAGCUUAUUACGGAAUUCACAACAGACCUGUAUGGACACUCCAGUUGUGUCCAGGGGCUUAACCCCUAUGUAAUGCUAUCAAUCAAAAAAGAGGAAAAAGGCUUAAAUGUUGGGUAUACAACUCCAGCAAUUAAGCCUAAACUGGAAAAGUAGUAAUAUUGUAAAUGAAAAUAAAUAAAUCAAAUGUUCAUUCCAAAUCUCCACUUACAUACAAGUGUGCUACCCAAACCAAAAUUGUGUUGACAGCCAACAAAAAGGGGCUAUACCUUCCUCCUAACUUACUGUGAUUGUACAAUAUCAAUGACUAUUUGACUUUAUUAUAAUUUGUAGGGUCACAGUCUGUACUAUAUUAUCCUUGUAUUAUCAAAACAGUCACAGAAAGGAAGUCCUGAUUCUAAAUAAAUAUGUCUAUCCGAAUAGACUAAAGUAAUCAAUUAAGUUUAUCUCAUAGUACUAGAGAAAAUGCUCCAGAAUAAAGUCAAAAUAAAAAAAUAAAAAAAUGGGGGUUAUAUGAAAUUCCUAGUGUAUCCAGAUAGUAACAAAAAAUUGUUGAUAGUUCAGCUAGUAAAAUUCAACCCUAUAAGGAGGAUGUCACACUAGCGAUUAACGAACAUAAACGGGUUUCUACUACAUUGUAUAAGAAGCCCACUGCUACGAAUAAUUUUUUGAACUGGGACAGUUACCAUCCUCCAGCAUUGAAGAGAGGGAUACCAGUGGGUCAAUACCUAAGACUGAGAAGGAAUUGCUCUACGUUAGAUGAGUUUAAGCUUAAAGCACAAACUUUACGGACCCAAUUUAAAUCAAAAGGGUAUCCAAAUAAAUGCCUAAAAAAAGCAUAUCAACGAGCCCUUCUCACUGAUAGAUCAGAACUACUAUCAGACAAGACCCCGGUGGCAAGCCAAAAAAUUUACGCAAAUUGUAUGUUUAAAUAAGCAAUAUUGUCUUAGUGUUAAUAAGUUUGUUAAAGCUAUAUUUUAUUGGAUAUUUUUAUCAUUGCUUGAUUUGGUGCUGUUAAAGGGAAACUCCAGUGCCAGGAAAACAAUCUGUUUUUACUGGAACUGCAGGUGCCUCCCACCACCCAUCCCCCGGUAGCUGAAGGGGUGAAAACCCCUUCAGGUCAUUUACCCGAGACCUCGCCGAUGUCCCUCGGUGGUGGUUUCUGCUCGCCGCCGCUCCUCCCUGUGAUUACGUCAGCCAGUGGGCGAGACUGAUCCCGCCCGCCGGCUGAGGAAACCUAAUGCCGCGAAUGCGCAUUAGAGCUCUCCAUAGGAAAGCCUUGAAAAUGCUUUUCAAUGCUUUCCUUUGGGGAAUUGAGCGACGCUGGAGGUCCUCACAUAGCAUGAGGACAUCCAGCGACGCUACAGCACAGGAUUUCUGUGCUAUAAUCCAGGAAGUGCCUUCUAGUGGCUAUCUAGUAGACAGCCACUAGAGGUGGAGUUAACCCUGCAAAGUAAUUAUUGCAGUUUAUAAAAAAAACUGCAAUAAUUACACUUGCAGGGUUAAGAGUAGUGAGAGUUGGCACCCAGACCACUACAAUUGGCAGAAGUGGUCUGGGUGCCUACAGUGUCCCUUUAAUAUCUCUCUAAAAUAAGAGUAUAACAAAAUAAAAAUAAAUAAAGGAUUGAUUCACUAACUGUAUACUAAUAUUACAAAGCAUUACUUUCACCAUACCCCGACAGACCAUUGGUAUCCCAAGAACACAUUUGUGUGGGUGAAAACCAUGCAGACCCUACCAUGGCAAUCAUCAUUAUAACCCAACUCUGCCCUACCUUUAAGAGGAGCUCUGUUUUUACAUAUGUUAUGGUUUAUGGAAUUUAUUGUACUUAUCGUCUCUCAUCAUGCUGAUAAUGUCUGCAAAUCAGCAUGUUUUUAUAGAACAUGCCAUGCACAGUACUGCAGAUAAUGGAAAUUAGAUGCACAUUAUGUCCAGAAACAGUAGAAAGUAUACAAAUUACUAUGAUAAUAUUUUAUAGUACAAUGUUUCUAGUAUUCACAAUAUUGGGGAUACAUUCGCUUUUAUUGUUACAGAUGGAAGUUUUGAUUAAAAAAAAAAAUAAUAGUUAUUUGUUUGUGGUUUUUUUAAUUUCAGAUAAAUUAAACACAGAGACUUUAUUACCAGAACCACCAGGAAACUUGGAAAUUGUGUCUGAGAUGGUUGGAACCAGUGUUAACCUGAAGUGUUCCUUCGAUGCUCCUGCUACAAACCUCUCAUUGGGAUUUGUAAUUAAAUGGUCUAGAUUUUCAUCUAAAGGAGACAAGCUGGAACUGAGACAGGAAGCCUUAGUUCAGACAUAUUCUGUGAUAGAAUUAGAUGGAAUUAAUGUGAGACUGGGAGACCGGGUAAGACCAUGCCACUAUAUUUUGUGAGAUCUCAAAAUGUGCACUGUAUAAUUCAGCUUUCAAACUUUUUUUAUUGUAAAAAGUAAAUUUGAGAUCAUGCGUGAUGACAGUUUUUAGGAUACACACCCAUCAUUUUCAGUGAGGUCAUGUUACACAGCAUUUUCUUGAUAUAUUAUAAUAGAUUGGAUUUUAACUUACAAUUGCAUUGUGAUUUAGUUAUUAAUCUUUGGAGAAAUAAGUUAACACAACAGCUGAAUGCUAGUUCAGCCUUUGAUGAGAAUGCCUCUAAAGUUUGCCACAUUUGUGUUUCUUUCCAGGACAGGGGUGGCCAAAAAUCACAUCACAGAAUGUCUAUGUUGCUUUUCCAUUGAAAUACAAACAUCUGGCUAUAUUGAAUUGUUGCUCACAGAUUCCUAAAUAUUAUGAGUCAGGUUAUGUAAUUGUAAUUAGACUGUUAUUGACAACAGUUGUGUGUUUUCCUAAUACAUCAAUGUGCCAUUAGACUUGGAGAUUCAUUUUCGUAAGAAUCUUGAUUCAUCUAAAUUUUGAGAGAUCGGCAAAUCAGCCAAAAAUCUAAACACCAAGCCUACAUAUGACCUAAUCAAGACUCAACUGAAAUGGCCAAUGGACUUGCAGCAGCAUGAGAUUAGAUAAAAAUUGUCUAUAGGGGUCACUAUGACCCCUACAUUAGUACAAGGAAGUUUUAUUAUCUCCUCCGAGCCCCCCCUCACCAUGCUGCAAGUGGUGGUAUGUCUACUAACCAGCAAGCAGCCAGUGACUGCUCGGUGUAUUAAAAGACUAGCGGCUGAGCAGCUAUUGCUACCCAGUCACAAUUAAUGUAGGCAUUGGGUGGUUUCUUCUGUUUAAAGAACUGGAGUUGGACAUAUUACUGUCCACCCCUCUGUAUCCCCAUAGUGGAGCUAUCAAUUAAGGAAACAUAGUGUCCCCAGAGUCACCAUAGGGCUCUAUUAAAUAAUAAGGGUGGGAAAUUCAGGGUUUUGACUAAACACGAAUUUUGACGUGGACAAAAUCCAGUGAAAAUUACUGAAUUGCAACCUCAUUGGCAAUUUACAGAUUUACUAAUACCAAAUGCAGUCAGAAUUCAGAUGUCAUGUCGGGGCAUAUGGAGGUAAAAAUGUACAAUAUAAUAUAAGGGAUGUAUUGACUUUUAUUUUAUUGAUUUUUAUUUAUUGAAUUAAAAAAAUGUUUUUUUUACUUCUUUAAUGUGGUGGCUAGUAAGCAGUGGGCAGUGCCUACAAUAUUAACCCUUUACCACUGGGAGUUUUAACAAUUUGCCAGCUAGCUGAUAUCGCUGCAAGAAGGCAGAAAGUUCUGAUUUUUUUUUUUUUAAAGUUAAAGCCUUUCGGGACCAGAUUUAAUUAAUUCAGUCUAGAUUUCAGGCACCUGGUGAUAUAUUCGAUAUGGCUGAAGUCCAGAGCAAAUUCAGACCCGUUCUGGGCUUGAAUUCCAAAAUCCAGACAUUUAUGAAUUUUAUUAACAAUGUCCAGAUUUUGCAGUCAUUGCCAUGUAUGCAACCAGAUGGUCUUGCCACAUUUGGUAGGGGGCUAUUUGGACUUUAGUGAAUAAUCCUGAUGGUGUACUCUUUCAUUCUCCCUAUGGAUGGCGGGUGACACACCCAGCCCCCACUCUUGGUCACUGGUAGCGAGCUCUAAUUAAUAAACCAGUGGCAACCUAAUGAUUUGGGGACUGUAAUAUUUAUAACCAGUGGGACCCAAUGCUCCCCCGUAGCCCUCACCGUUUAAUGUACUGAGGAGGUGGACAUCCCAUUGUCUUCCCGCCAAAAAAUAUAUCGACUCUCAUGGCUCCCAAGGCUUCCCCAAGCUACCCCAAUUUAAAAAAAAAAGAAAACAUGCCAACCCCCACCCUAAUGAAAGUGGGGGAGAGGGCGGUUAAAAAUGAUAUCCGCAAAGGCAAACUAAGCCAGAGCAUGAUGGAACUUUGGCUCUCUGGAAAUGUUUUUUAAUUUAGGAAAAAGUGGUUGGGAUGAGCUCAAUUCUCUGUCUGCACACAGGUCUACAAGUCAUUGGUGUUACUGCCUAUGUUCAGUUGAUGGGAGAAUGUUUCAAAUCAUUUGACAAAAUACCCAACUUUUUUCUCAAACCUAAUUUUCGGCAACCAUAUUCAUUCAGAAAUGUAAUGCAGAUCUCCCUCUGACAGACCACAAGUCAGUUAUAAUAACAACAACUACAGUGCAUGUAGUUGCUGUAAAGCUUGACAGGAGAACUACCUAUAGAAGAAUUCUAUCUUAAUAAAUCCACAGCAAACACGGCAAUAUCGUACGCAGAACUGUGUAUGAUGAGCAGGUGGGAAUGGAUAUUAUUUAGUAGAAAUUUUUGAUUUUCCAAGUCUUAUAAAAAGAAACCGCAAACUAACUUGAAAUUCUGCCAGCACAUUAUAUAAAUUUAAUUGUUAGCUGUUCAGUACGAACAUAUGUUUUAUGACAGAUCCACUUAACGCAUUUCUCUGAGUAGCAUGUACAUUCUCCUGGCAAUAUGCUAUGCUUUUCCAGGUAAGACUAGGGUGUAAUGAAUGUAUAAUGCCCUGAAAGAAUGCCUAUGAAUAUGCAUGUACAUUUAUUUUACUGAACAGAUUUUCUGUGAAGUUUCCAGCUUUUUCCUCGAGCAACCAGAUGUUCACAGCCUUACAUUAGAAAGCAAGGAAUUUUUCGCUGGCAUUAAGGUACAUUGUUGAAUAAACUUUUAAAGCCUAUUAUUACUAAACUACACAUUUUUGAAUACAGCCUUUGUACUUUAGUUAUGACCUAGUUAAAGAUGCAUUCCUUUUGUAUGGAGAAUUGCCAAGAUAUACAGUGCGCAGCCACUACAGCGCUGUAACAGUGGUCCCUGCAAAUACAGGUUUAAGGGUUUUAGUCACUAACUUUGGAAUUGGGAUGAAUUCACAAACCAGGAGAUACAUUUGACACCAAUUUAUUUUUUAUAUAAGAAUUUCAAAAUUCAGGGGAAAAUAGCUGAACCAAGAUUGCACAAUUCGAUUUCAGCUCUCUUCAUUUUGGUGUUUAGUAAAUAAUCCCUUAAAUUAUAAAAAGUAAACAAAGAUAGCAAAUUAGAUUGUAUUUUCCAGCUUGCCUGUGAGUGCCUUAAGGUUUCAGUUUAGUUGCCAGUUCAACACAAAUCUGCCCAUUAGAGUGAAAAAAUGAGGAGCAUUAAGAUAAAAAACCUAUAUUUAUAUUUUAUAUGUUAAACAAAUAUAAUAUAUAAAUAUAAUUUUUAUUACUUCUCAUCCUCUUUUUCCCUACCUUUGUUGCUUUUUCCCACUUGAUCUGUGAACCAAAUUGCAGUGUUCUGCAAAAUACUGUAAAUACAUAUAUAUAUAUAUAUAUAUUUAUUACGUAUAUAUUUUUCAGUACACUGAUUGGCCCAUUUUGACACUCUUUUGGUCUAUCUGGUUUGUUUUCCCAAAUCUUUUUUCAUUAAUGAAAUUGAGAUGAGAAAUUCGAACUCUGAUAUGGCCUAAAUUUGGUCAUCCCCACAGUGGUUCGGCUGAAACAAUUUUUUUGUUGUUGUGCACAAUCUAUUAAUAAUACACUAAAAUGAUUAUUUAUUGAAAUUGAGAGUGUUUUUUAGACUUGACUAGCCAUGAUUUAGACCCACUGGAACAGAUCUCCCAAAAGUCUAGAAUAAUAAGCUUACUGCAGUUUAGCUAUUUUACAAUAUAUAUGUUGAUAAAGUUUAUCAUGAGUUAAUGCAUGUCUUUUUACCCUAGCUCAAUCCUGAAGCUCUCACCAUAUUAGAAGAUGGAAGAGGCUACCGUUUGACAGUAGAGAGCACAGUGCCAGUCUCCUGCACAGAGGCCAGUGAACUGCAGAAUGACUGUAAAAUCACACUGAAGUUCCACGCUAUCAGUGAUGGUAUGAGAUUCUGAUCGAUUUUCUUGCAUUCAGGAAUGUAAAGUAUUUAAUAGUUUAUUAAAACGUACAUAUCUGACAGUGUUUUUGGAAUGCGCUAUCUUUUCCUAAAUUACCUCAUAUGUUUUUUGUUUUUUUGUUUUGUAAUUCUUAAUGAUAGCAUAAAUUUAUAUUCAAGGGGUUUUUCACUAAAGUUUGAAUGGCCCCUUAUCAAAACUAUUCGGCUGCAUACAUGGGCAUUUAAACUGCAAAAUCCAGACAUUUUUCAUACUAUUCAGCAGUGUCCGGAUUUUGCACUUGAGGUCCCAAAUAGACCUGAUUUUGAUCUGAAUUUUAGCAGGACCAAACAUUGCUGGACAGCUAAAAUCUGAGCCUGAAUGCUUAAAUUCUGGACUUAAAAAAAUCGGAACUAUUUGUCCACUGGCAGCAAUAACUGUUGUAAUAUAAGGAACCUUGUGUGCCACCUAUAUAAGCAUUCUGAUUUAUUUACUUUUGAUAUUUUACAUGGUAUGUUAUUCUAUUAUAUUUGGUCUUUAUCAGUGAUAGGAAACUAUCUGUGGUUCAUUUCAGGCUGGCAAAGCUUCAUGGGAGAUAGGCAGAGCAUCAUGGGAGAUAAUGUCCUCAGUAAAAAGAGUGGCAAAGCAUGUCUACCCCUGGUGUAUAAAUGACAUCAGUUAUCUUGAACAUAUGAACUAAAGUAAACACAUCAUGUUUAUAUUUUCUUUUCAACAGCUGAAGAAAAACAUGACUCAGAUUUGGCAUUCUCUUCUUGUCAAGUGGAUCUUCGGCAUUCCCACUGCCAAAAUGGAAAAUGCAGCCAAGCUGUGCUUUACUACACUGCUGUCAUGGAUUUCGAAGCUGAUGGAGAUAAACUUACCAGCAUUUCGGUCGAUCCAAUAGUUAGCACAAACUUUCUAUGGAAUGGUUACUCUCCACAAUCCGUACAGGUGAAUCAGUUAGUAUCAUAAAUGUAAUACAUACAUGUAUUUCAUCCCCAUAGCAAGAAAAAUGCAGAACAAAAAUGAUUGGAAACUAUUCUUUGAGAUCCAGCUUUUAGCACAUAUGUUUGUGUAAAUAAACAUUUGUUUACUUUGUUUACACGAAGAGCUCUCACAAUCUUCAGCAUGUCAAAGAUCCAAAUGUGAAUUAGCCAUCCUAUUAUUUUAUUGUUCUGGAUUUCUGUCAGUCAUCUGUAUAUAGUGAGUGUAAGAACUGAGAUUUAUUAGUUUUAACUCACAAUUCUCAAUUACAUUCCUGUGUAACUUGUCAAGAUAAUUUGAGGUAAAGCACAAAAGUGGUUUCUGCAAUAUUAUUUUUGGGGAUAUUUUAGAGCAGGGGUGGGCAAACUUUGACACUCCAGUAGACUUCAUCUCCCCUGAUGAUUUGUUGACUUCAUGACUGCAAGUGCAUUGUGGGAGUUGUAGUCCACAAUAUCUGGAGUGCCAAAGGUUGCCUACCCCUGUUCUAGAGUUUUCCCAGGGCUUUAUCUAAUUGAUGUGCCUAUUCCUAUGUACUUUUUGUACAAACUGGUAUAUUAUGUUUGUAUUUUAAUGUCUGUAUCUUCACUCUCAGUGCCUCUUUCCAUUCUGAUCUUUCUUUCCCUUCUGUUCUUUAUUUCCCCCCCCCCAGUUUUCUUAACCAUUGUGUCAAUUUGACUUUCUCCAAUCCCUCGUGUGGCCUCUUCUGUCCUCAUGUGGUUCUAGUUACAUUGUGGAUUUUUCUGUCUACCACUUGACUCCUACGGCCCCUAUGAUUGGUUUCCCCUUGUCCCCUGUCACUUUCUACUUGUGGUAAAUUCCUGCUUCUGUCUUUAUGCCUUAAUUCUAUAUCAAACAGGGUAUCCCAACAAAAGGAAAAAUUAAGGACCUCUUGCAAUGUCAAGAUUGCUUGCUUCCUGAAUCCCUCUGCCUAUAUUGACAAUUCUUGUUAUCUCAAAUAAUUAAACAAAAAAUGAAUUGGCCCAAUAGAAAUUCAGAGAUGUAUUCAGAUUUGGUGAAAUAUCAGAAUAUACAAAAUAGAAGUAGAAAAAUCGAAUUAAAAACUAAAAUGAAAAACAAACAUGCCGAAUUAUUAGUGAAUUCUAUUAUUAAAUGUUUGUUUUAAGCUAACUGUAGACAUAUUGAAUUAAUAAAUCAAAAGCAAUGAGCAUAUUAUUUUGUACUAAUAUCUUCAAUACGUGUAAUUGAAAUGAUUGACAAUUUGAGUAAUAAUUAAGAUUUUAUGUAUUUUGAGUUAUUUUUUGCUUAGAUUACAGUGAAGGAUAUCCCUGCUGCCUACUGCUAUUCCUUUACUGAUCCUCAUGUAAUCACAUUUGAUGGAAGGUAAUAUUUAAAAUAUACUUUUAUAUGACAUAUUGUUUAUUGCAUUUGAGCAUUAGGUAGUGGUAUUGUGACGUGCUUGUCUGGCUAAUCUCACACAUACUGCUCUAUGCCAAUAUAGAUAUCUUGUAAAGAAAAUAAUCAUAUAUUUUUUUCCCCAAUUUUAAUCUUGUGCUUCUGCAGAGUCUAUGACAAUUUCAACACAGGGACCUUUGUCCUGUACAAGAGUAUGUCACGUGAUUUUGAGGUACAUGUCCGACAGUGGGACUGUGGAAGUGUACACCAACCUGCCUCUUGUAACUGUGGCUUUGUUGCCAAAGAAGGAGAUGACCUCAUUACAUUUGAUAUGUGUAGUGGACAACUCCACGAAUCCCAACCUCAUCUCUCAGUAAAAACCCAGGAUUCAACAACCACCAAUUUUAGAAUCAUUGAACAUUAUCUGGGGAGAAAGAUCACAGUAUGUAUUUCUCAUAUUUGAUUUGUUAUAGAAACCAUCAAUUAAUGAAUAUAGAUGAAAUAUUAAUGUUAUGAGUAUUAUCUACAUCAGAGCCAGGACAAGGGCUCUGACAAUAGUGAGGAGAACCAUAUUAUUAUUAUUUUUUUAAACUCAUUACAAACUUAUUGUGCUCUUAUUGUAAUUGUGUAUAAAUAUAUAUUUUUUACAACAUAAAGGGACAAUAAUCUAAUUGAUGUUGUGGUAUGCACUACUAAAAUAAUGAUGGCAUGAACCAUGAAAUCAAAAUGUUCGUGUUAUUAUUAUUAUUAUUUUGAGGACUAUAACCUUUCCAUUUUUUGAAUAUAAGAUAUUUCCAGUUUUCAGCCCACAGACAUAUAUUUUCAGAAAUAGAUAAAAUAAAUAAAAAUACUUAUAGUAUAUAACAUGUAUGCAGUGAUAAAUACCCAAUGCGUAAACAUCAUCCAUAAGCACAGAUGCAUGCACAGAAAGAGUACGGUACAUAUAUACUAGGUUUAGGUAGGUUACUGUUCAUUAACCCUAAUUAAAUGAAGCUGGAGAAUAAUUCUACAGUGCCACCAGCUGGUAAUUCGUAGAAUGACAUCAGAUCUUAUGUCAGUAGUUUAUGAUAAACAUAGAUUUAAUUAUAUUCUUUGUCCUAUGCCAAGGUUUACAUCAUUUAUACUCAGAUAUUUAAAACCAUAUAGCUUAUAAUAUCACCAAUAUAUUAAUAGAACUGUAAAGAAAUACGUUAUGCUUUGAUACAGAAUUGAGCACAGAUCCAACCAGGACUGUCCAUUUUUAAACAUAAUAGAUCAUAGAUUUAUUUCACACAUAGUUGCAAUUUAUAGAGGCUGGAAUGAUUUCAUAGCUUUCUAGAAUGGAUAAAAACAUGAGUUUUUCUACACAUUGUUGAAAUGGAUAGAAUCUGACAUAAUGUUACACACUAUUACAGUCAAUAGAAUUUGUCAGUACUCAACACAUUGUUUCAGUGGAUAUAAAUGUCAUUCCAUACAUUUCUGCAGUUAAACCAUUUUUCGUUUGGUAGAAUUAAAACAUUCUAGUUGUGCUGUGUAGCAGGAGUUAUAUAGUAUUGGUUGAAAAUUGAGCAAUGAUAUAAUUGCUCCAUUUUCAACCAAUACUAUGUAACUCCUGCUACACAGCACAACUAGAAUGUUUUAAUUCAAAUUAGAAUGCUUUUUUUAACAGCACAAUUAGAAUGUUUUUCAACAUUUUAACAAAUGCAAAUAUGCAUACAUAUUUGCAAUUGUUAAAAUGUGUAUCUGGCUUUUUAAGUCAUGAACACACUACAAAUACAAAUACAAAUGUAAAAAAAAAAAAAAAAAAGGGUGUAAAAAUCUGUUUUCCAAAAAUUUGUCUGAAUUGGAUAUUUAAUUCAGUAGUCACCCAAGUGCAACCUGGUUUAUAUACCACUGCUAAGGCUAAAUAGACCUUAGAAACAAUAUGUACGCUAUUAAAAAGGAAGACUUUCAUAUAAUAAAGCCCAGCAGUAACCACAAGUGAUUUAUUACCAGUUUACAGUGCUGGAGGGGCCUGCAGCUCCCUGUAAUGUAAUGCAUGACUUCCACCUAUUAAGGGGUUAAUUUAAUAGCCUGUGGGAAAGUAUUAAUCCAACUGCCAAAAAACAGAUGUGUUCAGCAUGUCACCGUGGUGAGCCUUCCUGGAAGCUUCUCAAGAGGGCCCAUAGUUACAUGAAAUAAGCAAAUAUAUGUUUCAGCAAAUGCACAUUUGUCACAUAGUAACAAAUAAGGGGUAUUUCAAAAUGUGGCUUUUAAUUUUUUAUUGUGUCACAUCCAACCAAUUGUCUGCCAUUAAUCACUAAACAUGCUCUUACUGCAAGUACCGUCGUAUGCUUUAAUGUAGAAUAAACCAUCUGUGUGUAAAAUAAGGUAAACAAAUGACAAACCAUUGUGUGUUGUGAAUAAAUACGAUACUUUUUUCCAGAUAAACAAAAUUAAUUCAGGAUAAACUCUGCUUUGCAAUUUAGACUUAUAUUGUGGUUAUAGUCGCAGUUCUGUGGAAAAUUUUUUUUUUUCAUUUUAUAUAGUAAAAUAUAUCUAUCACCAUUACCUAUGAUAUCAGGAGAACUUUAACUGUACUGUUAAGUGUUCUAAGUAGAGUUAGUUUCUCAAAUUACUAAUUUGCCAAUCUAUAUCGGUCAUAUAUUUGCAUCUUGAUUUCAGUCAGUCUAGCUUAAGGUACAAGUCAUUUUACAUGAGUGCUGCACCACUUUUGCUCUAUAAAAGAGAAAAAUCAAUUACUGAGAUUAUGUUCCUGUGAUGGCUAGCGUUUUCAUUUCGGAGGAUUCUGGUGGUACAUUACCCAGAAUGCAUUGUGGAAAUGUCCACAGCAAACGUGCCAUACUAAGUUUGGUCAUCAGUGCUCUUUUAGGUCAACAACAUGAAGUUGUGAGUUUUUAAGAUCAGUGAUGUGAGAAACACUUUGCUCAGCUGUUUGGCUAUUACUAAUGUUAAAGAGGACUAAUAUUUUAAUUAUACAAAUAAAAUGUUAUUUGCUUUUUUUGUCUGCAUUCCCCCAGGUAUCAGGUUCUCAGGGCCCACUAAGGGUCAUGGGUGUUUUAAUCCAACAAAAAUGAGACUGGGUAGCCCAUCUUAUGACUUAGUUUCUACAUUCAUAAUACACUGAAUGUUACAAUAAAUCUUCAUUAUUCAGUUGUUUCUAGGCCACUUUCACUAUUAAACCUUUAAUUCAUGAUUGAUAUCAGCGAAGGAUUAAGAUCAUAUGGGACUCUAGGCAGGUUUCCAGUUUGGGUUCCCACCAUCAUUCUUCAAAUGGGACAAAGCAAAUUUGUAGUUCUGGGGCUCCUGUCUAAACCCUUGGCCCUAUGCAGCAGCCUAGCGUCACCUUAUAGUUAAUCCUGCUCUGCUUGUUAUGAAUUACUUUGAAGUGGUUAAGUAGAAAUAGAUAGAUUUAUUUAUUGGCCAACACAUUCAUAAUGCUACAUUUCUUUUAUAGAUCGCAUUCUUAUCUGGGGCUUUUAUCCGGGCUGAUGUGAGUGACUGGGGCAUGAGCCUAACUCUCCGAGCACCUAGCUCAGACUUUAAGAACACAUUAGGACUUUGUGGCACAUUUGACGGAAACUCAGACAAUGAUUUUCACAACAGUAAAGGAGUUCCACUCGACGGUACAUCACAGAACCGGCUUCAUUUUAUCAACGAGUGGAAGUAAGACAGCUUACUUAGCUACAAUAUAUAUAUAUAUAUAUAUAUAUUUUUUUAUUUUUUUUUAAUAAUAAUACAUUUUAUAGCUAUGGCUGUUACAUAUGUUACUUAUGUCCCACCUUGUUUUGACUGAUGCAUCUGGAAUUUAGACACAGAGUGUUAAAAGGGAACUGUUUCAAGAAUGUGUAAUAUUAUAUUUACUUAUCACUAGUGAUGUCCCGAACUGUUUGCCGAACUGUUCGCGAACUGUUUGCCACGGUUCGCCACGAACUCCGGUCAGCAGACACAUUCCAGCCAAUCAGCAGCAGACCCUCCCUCCCAGACCGUCCCAACUUCUGGACAGCAUCCAUUUUGAAGCUGCAUUCUUAGUGAGCUGUCCAGGAGGUGGGAGGGUCUGGGAGGGAGUGUCUGCUGCUGAUUGGCUGGAAUGUGUCUGCUGACCGGAGUUCGCGGCGAUCCGUUCGUGGCGAACCAUGGCGACCAGUUCGGGGAACAGUUCGGGACAUCACUACUUAUCACCUAUGUUUUACAAAUAUGUGUUUGUGUCAUCUAAAAAAUAAAAUGACUUCUAGAAAUCCACACAACAUUAUAUUAACUACUAUCCUAAAACUGUAUAUCUCUAUUUACCACCCUCACUCCAAUCUACCAUUGUUAUAAUAUCUGUCCUUUUUGUCCUUAAAAACUAUCUUCCCAGAGGCCGAGAUGAUCAAUGAACACAAGGGAACACAAUACACUGAGUAGGAGAAAUAAAAACAAUGCUAAAUGUAUAAUAUAUAUUUAAAGAAAACUAUUUGAAUUGCCGAGAGGGUCGGUCUGCAGGGGGGAAGGGGGUGAAGCUGCCCCCUAAGCACCAUAACUUUGUUACUGCUCAUCUUUUUAAAAAACAAAACUAUUUUUCUUUCUCUUCUCUCUCAUUCUCUCUCCCUAUCUCUUCUUAUAUCUUUACAAUGACUACUUCCUCUGCAUUCUCUGAUGGUUCUCUCUGUACAAUAUAUAUGGCUGUAAGAGGGUGGAUCUGGCUUUGACGCAGCAUACGUCUUGACAUCCAUGGUGCCAGGUAUACGAGGCACUUAUGUAUAUUGUAACCAAUCAACCCAUCUUUAUGUACUCUAUGAGGUGUUUGUGUAUUUCACCAGUCUAUAUUCAAAUGUCUACAUGCAUUUUUUUGUCUUUUUCUUUCUUGUCUUUUUCUAAUAGAAACAUAGAAACAUAGAAACAUAGAAUGUGACGGCAGAUAAGAACCAUUCGGCCCAUCUAGUCUGCCCAAUUUUCUAAAUACUUUCAUUAGUCCCUGGCCUUAUCUUAUAGUUAGGAUAGCCUUAUGCCUAUCCCACGCAUGCUUAAACUCCUUUACUGUGUUAACCUCUACCACUUCAGCUGGAAGGCUAUUCCAUGCAUCCACUACCCUCUCAGUAAAGUAAUACUUCCUGAUAUUAUUUUUAAACCUUUGUCCCUCUAAUUUAAGACUAUGUCCUCUUGUUAUGGUAGUUUUUCUUCUUUUAAAUAUAGUCUCCUCCUUUACUGUGUUGAUUCCCUUUAUAUAUUUAAAUGUUUCUAUCAUAUCCCCCCUGUCUCGUCUUUCCUCCAAGCUAUACAUGUUAAGAUCCUUUAACCUUUCCUGGUAAGUUUUAUCCCGCAAUCCAUGAACCAGUUUAGUAGCCCUUCUCUGAACCCUCUCUAAGGUAUCAAUAUCCUUCUGAAGAUACGGUCUCCAGUACUGUGUACAAUACUCCAAGUGAGGUCUCACCAGUGUUCUGUACAAUGGCAUGAGCACUUCCCUCUUUCUACUGCUAAUACCUCUCCCUAUACAACCAAACAUUCUGCUAGCAUUUCCUGCUGCUCUAUUACAUUGUCUGCCUACCUUUAAGUCAUCAGAAAUAAUCACCCCUAAAUCCCUUUUCUCAAAUGUUGAGGUUAGGACUCUAUCAAAUAUUCUGUACUCUGCCCUUGGGUUUUUACGUCCAAGAUGCAUUAUCUUGCACUUACCCACAUUAAAUGUCAGUUGCCACAAUUCUGACCAUUUUUCUAGUUUACCUAAAUCAUUUGCCAUUUGGCUUAUCCAUCCUGGAACAUCAACCCUGUUACAUACCCUGUACGAUCCAUUUUACACAAUCAAAAAGCUUUUAUUGAAGAUAAAAGGAAACAAUUCAAGACAGUUAGCACAAGUUACAAUUAUAACAUUAGUUACAAUGCUACAAUUGUUUUUCAGUAUUUUAUUAAAAUAUUUAAUUUCCAGCACAGUCAUUUUUUUCCUGUUUGAAACACCAUUAGUUGCAACCUACUAGACUACUAGAGGCCCUCCCCCCUGGUAGACAUUCAGUUAUUAAAAGUGUUCACAUUUGGCAUCAUUAUGCAUAGCCUGAUGCUACUAAAUGCUAUAAAUGUUUCUCAUAGAGAAGAAUUAGAUUAAAUACUUCUCUAACAGAAGAAUCCCAUUGGCUGAGUGAGGCAAAUGUUUGCAUGUGUAUAUCCACCAUGCUUCUCUAUCAGAAGCAUUGGAUUGAACCAGAGAUCAUGCAGAUGGAUGAUCUUAAAAAAGGAGGAAUGGCUACUGGAAUGAGACUUUCCAGUGCUAUAUUACCAGUAAGUAAAAAUUCUGUGUUUUUUGAGGGCACUAUGCAAUAGGUAAAAAAACAUACUAACAUGAAAAACACAUAUAUUUAUUAUAUAUAUAUUAUAUAUUUUUUAGAGUGUUCCUUUAAAAUUCAUAGUGCUAGUUUGAAAGAUAUUUUUUUCUGUCCUCUUUCAUAGCAGACUUCACACAGUGCAAAAAAAAAUAGUAAAAAGUGGCUAAAAGAUUGAUCAAUACAUUGUGUCACUAAAAAUAUAGUGGAUAUUCAAAAAUGAGGGUUAGGGUGCAAAAGAAUCAACAGAUAGAUAAAACUGACAGAUUUAAUAAAUUGCACUGAAAAAUUAGACAUUAAAGUGUCAGUGACAUUUUUGAUAAAGUGUCUCUAUGAAAACUGUGAAAACUGUGAUUGAUGUCCAAUAUAGUAAAAAAACUAAUCUGUGAUGUCAGCUUUGUUUCAUGACCCAACACAUAAAAAAAGAUCCUGCCAAUAUUUUUAAAAAGAGUUAACAUUUAAGUUUUUACAAGUUGGUAAUUACAAUGAAAUAUUUAAGGUAUCAACUCAUUAAACAAAUUCAAGAAUUAGUAGAGGAACCUUUACUCUCUGUAGUCCAUAUUCAUAAUACAAGCAUGCAUUUCACAAAAUAUUAUCACCAAGUAGAAUGCUAGAUAUUAACUGAAAAAAUGAUGGAUCUUUGAUCCCUGGACAUUUAAAAUGACAUCCUUCAUUGUAGUGUCACAUCAUUAAAUAUAUCUAAUUUCAUUAUAUAUAUGUUGUAGUAUAUUCUCAGUAGCUAAAGUAAUUUGGUGUGUCAGUUUCUUAUUAAAUUGACCAUCUCUAUUUUUUUUUCUUCUUACAGGAUUUCUGCUGGAGAAAGUUUUUUUGAUAAAACACCAUCUUCACUACAGUUACCAAAAACCAUAAAAUAUUGUAAAUGCACACACACGAAUGAGUUAUAUCGGUCCCCUGAUACACUUGAUUCCACUUUGCAGAGGGACACAACACAUUGUAAAGACAACAAUGAGGUCCUGUUCCCAACACUGAUACCCGGACUGGAUGUUACUAUGGAGUACAUAAGUCCACCAGAUGCAACACGAAGCCUUAGCAAACGUUCUAUUGCAGAUCACCCUCAAAAGACAGGCAUGUUUACUACUAAGGAUAACGUUACAAGCCAAAUAUACAACUCAAAGAAAAAUUCCAUAUCUCGGAGGAAAAUAUCUCAAUCAAUAAACAUGAGGAACAGCUCUAUUCCUAGAGAAAAAGUCAUAAGAAACAGAAUGAAACGUCAGAAUUAUUAUGAAUAUCUUUCAACAUUUCCUUACCAAAGUCUUAGCCAAACUGACUUAGAAGGGUUUAGCUACUUCUUCCCCGAAGAUCACUCUACAGAUAUAACCAGGGAGUUUCUGCCUUCUUGGCCCACCCCAUCUGGCUUGACCCAAUCAUAUGCUUCAGGAUUUUGUGGGCAGUCUAUUUUUAACUCAAGCAUUGGCAAGUUGUGUAUUGAUUUUCUUGAAACACGCCUGAAGGAUGUAGUUGACAUGUGUGUUACAGAUAUACUGUUAAAGGAUGACUUGAGUUGGGCAGAAGGUGGUGUGGCACUGCUGGAAAAUGAAUGUGAAAGAAAACUUUUGGAAUUAGGAUACAAUGAUCCCAAAAAUGUAAAAGGUCCAGUAGAUCAUAUUCUUUUGGCCUUAAAAUGUCCAAAUCACUGUAGUGGCAAUGGAGAGUGUAUGGAUUGGGGUUGCGCUUGCUUUCAAGGUUUCAGUUCCUACGACUGCAGCAUUUUGACAGGUAAGUACCUAUGUAAGAUUAAAAUAUAGUGUUAGUAAAUAGAAACAGAUUUUCCUGUAAAUAAUAAAGUUUGUUAAUGUAUUGUCUGUGCUUCAACUCUUGUGAAGACCAGGUGCCUGAGAUAUUAGAACUUGAAAAUGAUGGACUAUGUGAUAUUCGGACAUAUGAUUGUACAUCUGUGAGAGUGUAUGGCCUUGGUUUUAAGGAAGCUCUCAACCUUAAGUGUGAAUUCACAAAACAGCAGGUAUAUCAUUGUACAAGUGUUUCAAUGUAUGUUACUUUGUCAUGAGUUCACCAAUGUAAAAUCUCUAAUGUUAUAAUCUGUUCUAUUCUAUUCUAUUCAAUUCCAUUCUUUAAUGUAUUCUGAAUUCAUAAACUUUAUUUGUGCUAGGACUUGUCUUAUUGGGCAAUACUAUUUGGGUACCCACUAAUAAAUCUAGAGCACAAGAUUAGACUUACCUAAAAUUCAGCGCCAAGUGAACCUUCAUGUGCUGCUCUCAAUUCUCCAUCCAAUUCUCCAUGGCCCAAUCAAAGAAGCAUUGGAUUGGACUGCCCAUGUGAGCACUCUAAGCCAGGGAGGGAAGUGUGGGGUGGACAGAGAGAGGGGCCUAGGAAAAAAUGUAUGAUGCUGAAUGGUGGGAGGCAGAGAGGAUUGGAAGUGAGCACACCAAGGAGGAAGGAAAUAUACAAGCAGAAGCUGGUAAUGUCUGUCUCCAUUGUGCAUCAGCGUAAUUUUUACAUAGAAGUAACAUUAGGCAGAACGUGUGGCGGGGGUGCAACUAGUUCUAGGCAAAAGACUGCAGAUAUCUCUGUAUGUGCAGCAUCUCCAACCACCAUGACCAUUUCUGAAAGUAGAAGUAUCAAUGGAUGCUGGAGUAACCAUUUAAUUAUUUGUUUUUUAGGAAUAAAAAAAUUUUAAAAUUACCCAAAAAUUUAUUUGACUAUUCCAAGUACCAUAAACACUACAGUAUGAUGUAGUAGUCAUGGUGCCAAGAGUGUAGUAGUUAUGGUGCCAAGAGUUUGACACUUUAUCCACUCUGCUUCCUGCCAUUUUAGAACUGGAGAUGCCAUAUAUCAAUAUUAUUCAAUACAAGCACUCAUUCGACUUAUUAAUUGGCUGAGAACCCUCAGCUUAUGUCAGUCAGUAAAGAGCACCUACAUUGGUAUCCAACUUCUCUUGCUUGAGAAGACCAGAAGAAACUUGGAUUUUCUAAAAUAGUUUGGCAGGUUACCCUGGGACUGUAUUAAAAGACAUGAACUUCAGAUCAGCAUUCAAUUUAACCACUUAUGGACCAUCAUCACUCAAUAUCAGGAACAUAAUCUCUUAUUUAAACAGAAUUGCUAAUUUAUUCAUUAAAUUAAACAGGAAAAUAACUAAAAAUUAUUGAAAAAAAAUCUAUACUUUGCAAAUGUGGCCAUUACCGGCAAAGAAAUCAGAAAUAAAAAGAAACAUUAAUUUGAAAAUGAGUAGUUAGACUGCAGUUGUAUUAAUUGCAUCCCUUAUGUGACCUCUGCAAUUUUUUUCUCUCUUUACUAUGGGAGUUAGUCACAAGACUAAAAUAGAAUGAUUUGUUUUCAUGUAUAGCUUUCUUAAUUGCAAACAUUUGAAUAUUUCUUGAUUUAUUCUUUAUAACUAAACUGUUGUUAUAUGUUUGUUAUAUCUUCCCCUGCUCCCAGUAUAGUGGUGGCAAAUGGAUCCUUGCUGACCCAGUUGUGACGGAUGCCUCAUUCAGGAAUACUAGGUCUGUUGAUUGCCAGGUGCCAGUCGAUGCCCAUCAGGCUGAGAGCAUUGGUCUAGUGGAUGACAAACCAAUUGCAAAGUGGCAAGUUAAGGUAUUAUCUUGUAUUCAUAGAGUUCAUAAAAUAUAUUAGAUAUACCUAGUUGUUUACUUGGUAGUCUGUUUCAUGUACAGGAAAGUCUUGCUUCUCGUUUGGAUUUGGUUUGCCUUUAUGGCCAUUCUCGUACAGUCAUGGAACCAUUUCAUCCAUGGUGAGCUGAAUCAUAUGAGAGAUAUUUCUAAGUGGGAUUUGCCUUUUGUCAGUGACUGUUAAGGUUAUUAUUAUUAUACUUUAUUUAUAAAAUGCCAACCCAUUAUGCAGAGCUGUCCAUGGCUACAAUUGGUAUAAUUUAGGUCAGGGAUAGACAACAUUCAGCACUCCAGAUGUUGUGGACUACAUCCCCAUAAUGCUCUAACACCCAUAAUGCUGGCAGAGCAUCAUGGUAGGCGUAGUCCAAAACAUCUGGAGUGCCGAAGGUUGCCUAUGCCUGACUUAGAUUAUUAUUAAGAUCGCAAGUGACAGAGAACCUGCACAUAUUGAAACUAAUACCAUCUGCUUUCAUAACAUCUCUUAACAGGAAAUAUAUAUACAGGAAAUAUAAAAAUUAAAUCCCUAAAAUAAGUUGUGCUUCCUUCACGUGCAUAAAGCUGGAUAUGGACGCUUAUCAGGCAAUUAAUUUUAAUUGUGUACUCUAAUUAAUCUAUAGGUGUCUAAUGAUGGCUACAUCUUCAGUAAUUUUAAAACCAUAACUGUGUAUGAUGGAGCAUGCCAGACCUGUGAUCCGCUGUCAGAUGGACUAUGCACAGUAAAGGUACCUCGUAUUAAUAUAGAAUUGGCAAUGAUAUUUUGACACUUUGAUUUCAUUUUACAUAGCAUCCAGGUUUGACACUAGUGUCUGUCUGAAAAUAGUUUUCAAAAAAUUUAACCCCAUUAAAUAUUGGAUCUUACAGAGCCUUCCCGUCAUAUGUACAAAAUGGAGAGUUUCUUGUGUACUCUUUUAGUAUCCUAUUCUCAACAUCUGAAGUUAAUAAUACAUUAAAAAAACAGGGUUAUAUUGAUUGCACUUUGGACACAACUAACAAUAAAUAAUCCCUAACCACAAUAAUAUCUUUAAACCCACUACUCUAAAAGUAUGGGACGAUUAAUCUGAUUAAGUCACCUAUCAAUUAUUAUUAUUAUUUAUAAAGCGCCAACAAAUUCCGCAGCGCUGUACAAUGGGUGGACUAACAGACACACAGUUGUAACCAGACAAGUUGGACACACAGGAACAGAGGGGUUGAGGGCCCUGCUCAAUGAGCUUACAUGCUAGAGGGAGUCGGGUAUAGAGACACAAAAGGUAAGGGUAGGGUAGAAAAGUAGGUUGCUACGAUAGUAUUCAUUGAGGGCUUAGUGUUUUGUUUUGAUGACAGUUUCAGGAAAGGAAUCAUUAAUCACCCAUUCCACACAAUAAUGAUUUAAAACUUAGGUAAAAAGCCACUGAAUGUUGCAUUCUCGGUUUGGGUCGUUAAUAUGACUGAACCUUGUCUGAAUAUAGGAAAAGUAUUGCUGUUUCAGUGGUGAAUCCACUUUGAGCAGGUGUCUUAGAGAUAGUCAGCAUCACCACUGAAAACAACAGGAAAGCUAGCAUUGACUGACAGAUUUCAGCUUCCUCCCAUUUUAGACAGAACUAACUACUGUACAUGAAACUGCAAAUUGUUGGUCAUCAAUAAUGAUUUCUACAAUGUCUUUUUUUUUUUCAUUUUUUUUUUUCAGUACUGCAUAUUUUUUGCUUCAUCCACGCAAUGCUUUUAACCCCUUAAGGAAACAUGACAGAAAUAUUCUGUCAUGAUUCCCUUUUAUUUCUGAAAUUGUGUGCUUAAGUGGUUAAACAAAUAUCCGUUUCUAAAAGGAAAAUACAAGAAAUUGUCUUAUUGAGACUUGGUGUUAAUCCCCUUGAGAGUACCUGUAGUGAUCGAAGGGUGCCCUAGCCCAAAAUCCACUCACUUUUAUUACCUUUUAUUCACUGCUGUCUUUUUUGGAUUAUUUAUUGCUUUUGUUUCUUUGGGAUUUUCUUUUCAGGAGAAAACAUGCAACAUUGAUGGGUUCUGCUAUGGUGAGAGUGAUCCCAAUCCCACAAGCCCAUGCUUAAUCUGCAAACCUGACAUCUCAAAGCUGACAUGGUCAAUAGCAGAAAGUAAGAUGUGUUCUAUAUGCAUUGCUUGUUACCAAUAAUUAAGUUCUUGCUUAUCAUUUGGUCUGGAAGUUGAGUAUGAUAUUAUGUUGUCUGGUGGGGUAGAACAUCUAGUAAGCAUCUCCAAUAGGUUUAGAUCACUUUCAUUGAUCCCGCUGUUUUUUUGCUGGUGCAUGAAUCGGAGAAUUUAACGGACAACCUAACCCAAUGGUGGCGUUUGAGUCUGACAAGAAAGUACUUAGUCAUGAGGAACCCAUGUUUGUAGUGCUAAUUGGUUCAAAUAAACCUGGAUGGGGAAAGUCAUCAUAUGAAUAUGUUGGGAAAGAGCAAAUGUGAAAGUGAAGUAUAUUAAGCAUCUUUAAGAUUAUAGGGCUGGUCAAAGAGAAAACAGGACCGCAAGUAGUAAGUAAAAGAAUAUCGUAAAGCGGGGAAUGACCAAAGUCUGGGGAUGACAGGGUAAGACAAAAGUAAACAAGCCAUUGGUCUGUAAAAAUAAGCCAAAAUCCGGACACCAGAAAAUGAAACAUGUCAGACUUACCAUAACAUCUGGAAACAAAAGGGCAACACAAAAGUGUAAGAGAGAAUAAAACCACACUGGGGCCUAAAUUAUACUUUUAGCUAAAGGAAAAUUACCAACUGAUUGUUGUUAUUUCUGUACAACAUGCAUGAAAAUUGAUCACACAAGCAACAUUUUGUCUCUAAACGUGAGCAAUUAUCACUUUUGUUUAAUACAAAUGUCACAUGCACAGCUGCUUAGUCAUUAUAGUUCAUUAUGAAUUUAUCAAAACAAACCAGAGGAAAACUCCCAAAUAACUAUACCCAACGUAGAAUUCUGCUUUCGGUAUGAUUUCAUCAAAGUCUUUUUUCAGUGGAUUUAGUGGAGUUUGCUAGUGCAACAAUUACAAAUGUAUUUUGCUCACAACCAAAGACAAAAUGAGUCUGACAAGAAUUGUACUGUAAUAGUUGCUAAUUUAUAUGUGUAACACAAUUAUCCUUGAAUAGUCUAAUUUUAUUAUAUUCGGAGACUGACAGAUUUAAAAAGGAAUGAAAGAAUAUUGAGUCCACAUAUAGGUGAUACUUGAAAAAUUAGAAUAUCAUGCAAAAGUUCAUUUAUUUCAGAAAUGCAACGUAAAAGGGGAAACUAAUCUAUGAGAUAGAUGCAUUACAUGCAAAGCCGUGAUUUGUCAUUAGUGCGAUGAUUAUGGCUUACAGCUAAUGAAAACCCCAAAUCUACAAUCUCAGCAAAUUAGAAUAUUACAUGCAAUCAAUAAAACAAGGAGUGUUUAUAGAACAAUAUCGGACCUCUGAAAAGUAUAAGCAUGCAUAUGGACUCAGUAGUUGGUUUGGGCCCCUUUUGCAGCAAUUACUGCCUGAAUGCGGUGUGGCAUGGAAGCUAUUAGCCUGUGGCACUGCUGAGGUGUUUUGGAAGACCAGGAUGCUUCAAUAGCGGCCUUCAGCUCUUCUGCAUUGUUCGGUCUCAUGUCUCUCAUCUUUCUCUUGGCAAUGCCCUAUAUAUUCUCUAUGGGGUUCAGGUCAGGCAAGUUUGCUGGCCAAUUAAGCACAGUAAUCCCACGGUCAUUGAACCAGGCUUUGGUGCUUUUGUCAGUGUGGGCCUGCUGGAAAAUGAAGUCAGCAUCCCCAUAAAGCUUGUCUGCGGAAGGAAGCAGGAAAUGCUCCAAAUUCUCCUGGUAGACGGCUGCGUUGACCCUGGACUUAAAGAAGCACAGUGGACAAACACCAGCAGAUGACAUGGUUCCCCAAAUCAACACAGACAUUGGAAACUUCACACUGGACUUCAAGCAUCUUGCAGUGUGUGCCUCUCCAUUCUUCCUCCAGACUUUGGGUCUUUGGUUUCCAAAUGAGAUGCAAAAGUUGCUCUCAUCAGAAAAAAGGGCUUUGGACCACUAAGCAACAGACUGUUUUUCUUUAGCCCAGGUAAGAUGCUUCUGACAUUGUUUGUUGUUAAAGAGCGGCUUGACAAGAGGAAUACGACAUCUGAAGCCCAUGUCCAGGAUCCGUCUGUGUGUGGUGGCUCUUGAUGCACAGACUCGAGCCUCAGUCCACUCCUUGUGAAAGUCCCCAACACUUUUGAAUGGCCUUUUCCUGACAAUCCUCUCCAGGAUGCGGUCAUCCCUGCUGCUUGUGCACCGUUUUCUUCCACACUUUUCCCUUCCACAUAACCUUCUAUUAAUGUGCUUUAAUACAGCACUUUGGGAACAUCCAACUUCCUUCACAAUUACCUUUUUGAGGCUUUCCCUCCUUAUGGAGGGUGUCAAUGAUGGUUUUCUGCACAACUGUCAGGUCAGCAGUCUUCCCCAUGAUUGUGAUUCCUACUGAACCAGACUGAGAGACCAUUUAAAGGCUCAGAAACCCUUUGCAGGUGUUAUGGCUUACUUAGCUGAUUAGAGUGGGACACUGUGAGCCUAGAAUAUUGCACCUUUUCACAAUAUUCUAAUUUACUGAGAUUGUGGAUUUGGGGUUUUCAUGAGCUGUAAGCCAUAGUCAUCGCUCGUAUGACAAAUCACGGCUUGAACUAUCUUGCUUUGCAUGUAAUGCGUCUAUCUCAUAUAUUAGUUUCCCCUUUUACGUUGCAUUACUGAAAUAAAUGAACUUUUGUGCGAUAUUCAAAUUUUUAAAAAAGCAGCAGUAACGUAAGUAUUACAAAUCAUGCAAUCAAACACAGAACAACGAGGUAUAGUUAAAAAAUAGAUGCAAAACAUUUCUUAAAUAUUUAUAACCAAAUGUUAUGGACAUAAAUCUUUCAGAUAUGUGCAUUCCAUUAGUUUUAUAUACUAAAAUAAAAUAAGUUGUGUUAAGUAAUUUAUUUUAGUAAUGCAUGUUCACUUUGAUUUCCUGUUGCUUAAAUUUUUUUACCAUUUACUUCGAAAAAUAUUCCUGAAUGGUUGCUCAUGUUAAAAUGAGUGGCACUAUCUAUAUCUAAUUUCCUUUUCAGUGAGAGACAUGGUGAGGUGUUACAGAAUUUGUGUAGCCUCCAGGAUAUUUGUUCUGAGGUGAUGUUGGAAGGAGAGGUCAAGGAAUCCGUGUUAAAAAGGCACUCCAGACCCCUUAAGCACUUCAGCUUCCUGAGAUACUUUAUGUGUGAUGAGUUUUUUUUUUUUUUUACUUUUCAAAAAGUGUAGAUUUGAAUAGAAAUCUGUACUUUUAUAAAUUAACCUUGUUACACCCUCCUGGAUGUCAAUCAGACAACCAGUCCUGUCUUAGAGCUAAACUCAAGAGGGAGCCAUUGCCCAGGUCACCUGCCUUGCAAAGGCUUAUAAUUGGGCUGCAAUGAGAAGUCUGUGAUUGGACAGCCACAGAAAGUCUGGGCUUGGUUAGAAGGAGAGAGCUUGCAAAGCCUUCAGACAAGAGACCUUUUGCAAGCUGUUUUCAGACAUACCUCCAAUGAAGAAAUAUCUAUAUAUCUAUAUAGAAAUGUAAAGAUAGUUAAGAAGUUAAUAACACCCCACAUGUCGAUGUUACAUCUUUGAUCUGAUUGACAAUGGCAGAAAUACUACAGAGAGUGUCCGGUACAAUAAAUUUCUAGAGCCCCUGAAGCACAAGGGUGGCAAAAAGGUAGAUCCUCAAUUGUCAUACAACAACCAUUUUGCUGUUCCAAAUGGGGAUUUACCAUUUGCCCAUCCUUGCAGGGCUAUAUUUGUGAGCCGUGUCUGUGUGUUUGUAUUUAAGCAUGUUUUUGUAUGAAGUAGGUUUGUGAAUGUAGGUGUUUACUGAUGUUUGAAUAGAGCAGUAUAUAUUUGUGUAGUGUUGGCAUUUCAAUGCAGUUCUGUGUUUGCAUGCAGUGUUGACAUUUGAAUAAAGAGGUGUGUUUGUGUGUGGUGUUGCUCUUUGAUUGCAAGGGUGUAUUUGUAUGUAGUGUUGGUGUUUGAAUGCUGAAAUGUAUGUACAUGUACACAUACACUGCAUCGCAAACAGAUUCACACACACACACAUAUAGACACAUAGAGAUACACACCGAUACACAGUUACACAUGAACACUUACACACACAUGACACAAGUCAUAAUUUACAUAUUUUUAUUAUAUUCAUUUAUAUAAAGGUAUAGCUUUGAUAAGCGAGAGAGCUCAUUGUAUUAUGCUGCCAUCUUUUUUGUAUUAUGAUAUUUGCAGAAUAUCAAUCAUACAGAUUAUUGGAAUAACAAUUAUUAUUAGCAAUUAUUAAAACACUAAUCUUUUCUAGUAUUUAUCUUUACUAUUGUGAUUUCUGGUAAUUAAGACCUCUAUUUAAUAUUAUUUUAUAUGCUUUCCAAAUGAUUUAUAUAGUUACAUAGGCUGAAAAGAGACAUGUGUCAAUCAAGUUCAGCCUUCCUCAUUUUUGUUUUUGCUGUUGAUUCAAAAGAAGGCAAAAAAAAAGUUUGAAGCACUUCCAAUUUUGCAACAAACUAGGAAAAAAUUCCCUCUUGACCCCCAGAAUGGCAGUCAGAUUAAUCCUUGGAUCAAGAAGCAUUUACCCUACAGUGAAAAAUUAUAUCCUUGAUUAUUCUGUUUUUGCAAGUAUGCAUCUAGUUGCUGUUUAAACAUCGGUACAGACUCUGAUGAAACCACAUCUUCAGUUUGAGAAUUCCAUAUCCUUAUUGUUCUUACGGUAAAAAAAAACCUUUGUUUUUGCCUUAGACUAAAUCUUCUUUCUUCCAGUCUAAACGCAUGACCUUGUGUCCUAUAUAAAGUCCUGUUUGUAAAUAGAUUUCCACACAAUGGUUUGUAUUAGCCACGAAUAUAUUUAUAUAAUGUUAUCGUAUCGCCUCUGAGGCGACGUUUUUCUAAACUAAAGAGGUUUACAUUUGUUAACCUUUCUUCAUAGCUAAGAUGUUUCAUUCUUUUUAUUAAUUGUGUAGCCCUCCUCUGCCAUCUUUCUAGUGUAUAUUCUUUAGAACAGAUGCCCAAAACUGCACAGCAUAUUCAAGGUAUGGUCUUACCAGCAAUUUAUAAAGAGGCAAAAUUAUAUUCUCAUCCUGAGAAUUAAUGCCCCUUUUCAUGCAUGAUAAUACCUUACUGGCCUUAGCCACUACUGAUUGACAUUGUACAUUGUUGCAUAGUUUGUUGUCUAUAACAGCGGUCCCCAAACUGUGUGCUGCAGAGCCCCAGGGUUGCCGCGGAAUGUUUCCCUGGUGCUAUGAUUAUAGCACCAGGGAAACAAUAUUGCUGAACAGGGGCCUGGUCAGGUGCCGCAGGCUUUUAGACCGCGGCCAGACCCCUGUAAUGUCAACCGCCUGGGAGGAAAUGACAGACUGUCACUUCCUCCCAUGAUCCUGCAAGGAGGCAGCGCGGGAGGAGGCAGUCCCAGUGUGAAGGGAGAGGAGUAUGAAGCGCUCACAUCCAUCAGCAGCAGGACUCCAAGCCACCCUCCUGGCACAUAAGGUAAGCUGACAGGAGGGUGGCUGGAGAUAUUUAUAAACAAUCACUUGUAUGUGUGUGAGUGUGUGUAAGUAUGAGUGUGUGUGAGUGUGAGUGUGUAAGUGUGAGUGUGUGUGAGUGUGAGUGUGAAUGUGUAUGAUUGUGUGUAAGUGUGUGAGUGAGUAUGAGUGUGUGUGUCAGGGUGUUUGUGAGUGUGUGUGUACCAGAGUGUGCAUUUGUGUGUGUGUGUGUUUGUAUAUAUGUAUAUAUAUAUAUAUAUAGGAAAAAAAAUGGUAAUUCCUGCACUCCAACUUGCAUAAAUAUAAGUACCUGGUGCUCAGGUUGCAAAAAUUGAUAAAUACAAAAAAUAUAGCCGGCACUCACGGUUUUUUUUCGAAUGGUUUCUCUUUAAUUCUGAAAAUCGACGUUUCAGCUCCCUAAGGAGCUUUCAUCAGGACAACUGAUGAAAGCUCCUUAGGGAGCUGAAACGUCGAUUUUCAGAAUUAAAGAGAAACCAUUCGAAAAAAAAACCGUGAGUGCCGGCUAUAUUUUUUGUAUUUAUAUAUAUAUAUAUAUAUAUCAGUAUGCUUUUGUGUCUGCGCACACAUCUGUGUAUGUGUAUGUGCAUCUGUGUGUCAGGGUGUGUGUUUUUAUGUCAGUGUGUGUAUCUGUGUCAUGGUGUGAGCAUGUAUCAAUGUUUGUGUGUGUCAGGGUGCAUGUGUGUAUAUGUUGGUGUGUGUAUGUGUCUGUGUGUAUCUAUAUGUGUGUAUGUGCCAGGAUCUAGCAACCGCUGUAUGCACUACCUGAGUAGCAAGGAUUGCUCAUUUGCAUGUUUGGGUAGAGACAUAUGUUCCAUCCCUUUAUAAAUAUGUUAUUAUACUAUUAUAAUGGCCUGUAUAUUUUGUGACAUGUUUUGGUUAUUUGAAUGUUAUUAUGUUUGUCACAGCAAUGUUUAUGUAAUGAACAUAUGGGCUAGUCCCAAGUCAAAUAAAGUAUGUUAGUUCAAUUUGGAACAGUGUCCUGUGUGGAUUUUUAGGGAUCCCAGCCACAGAGUUGUUGCACCUGUUGGCAGGUUGCAUGAUCUCUCCAGCCCUGGAAUAAAUAAAGAGAGCUAGGCCUGAGAACCACAAGUGCUUUUGUAAAGACAAUAGAAAUCACAUUGCAGGCAGAGGGGACGAUACCUGCUUGGAAGAAGAGCUACAGUGGAAUAGGCAGAGGCGACGAUACCUGCUUGGAAGAAGAGCUGCAGUGGAAUAGGCAGAGGCGACGAUACCUGCUUGGAAGGAGAGCUGCAGCCUAGUCGGGUGGAAAAGCUCCAGCAAGACCCUAGUCAAGCCAUGGCGACUGGGGCAGAAGAGUGGCAGUUUUUCCCGGUUCCAGCUAGGAAGCGAUCCUGGACGGAGAUACUGGGAGCUCUGUUACAAUAUAUAUAAAAAAAUCAUACAUAAAAGUGUCAAUGUAUAUAAAAUAGCAAAAUAUUUUUAAAAAAAUUCAAUAUUUUCCAUUAUAUUAAAAUUUUGUAAAAGUUUUUCCAAUAAUAUUAAAUCAUUCCAAACGCUUAUCCAACAAUAUUAAAUCAAGUCCUAAGUCAAGUCUAUAGAUGUGAUGAUUCCCAGGGUUGUUGUGUCCCAAAUUAGGGUUUCAAGAGACUUGCAUGCAACUUGGAUACAAAUUGUGUUCUCUCAGAACACAGCUGGGUAAAAUCUUUAUCCAAAUCACUUUGCACUAGGCAGCUUUUGUAUUGGUUCUGUCAUCAUGAACUGUCUUUGCUCAGUCAUAAGGUACUGUAAAAACAGCCUUUUCCUUGCAUCAUCAGGCAGAACAAAGAACUGCUUCCCUGAACAUGGGAAAGCUGAGAGCUAAUCAUCUCUCGCAAAUGACGGAUUCUAAAUCCCUGCAGACACACGAUACACUUUGCAACGUUGUUUUACUAUAACCAAUCACUAUUUAUGAGUAAGCUUGUUAGAUCAGGGACCUCAUCAGCUCUUUUUUCACUUAUUUUUUUUUUCUAUUUCCCUUAAUGCGGUUGUCAUUUAUUAGCCAAUUUAUAUCCAGGGCUGAAACAGGGAUUUUUUCCACCAUAGGCAAAAAUUAAUUUUGUAUCCAAAUCAUGCCCCCUCCUUAGAGUCUCUUUCUCUUAGGAAAACUCUGAUUCAUACCCUCACACACAGAUAUAUAUACACUCAUACUUGCAUUAGCCACACACAUACUAUACUACAUGCAGUCACCCAUAUAGAUACAUGCAUUAACAUAUUUACUCACACACAGGUACACACACACAGACAGAAUUAAACAUGCACAGACACUUACACUGACAUAAUGUGAAAGAAAAAAGUGAACUUAGUGGAUCGUACUACCACCAAAAGAUCACUCAGUGGAGCGCUAAAUAUCAAAUUCUUACCCCUAUUGGAAUAACGUAUAUAUCACUUUAAGGGGCAGACAGCAUAAUAAAAUAUGGUAAAGAGCCUGGAGAUUGGCUCAAAUCACAACAGCUGAGGUAUGUUUGGUAAUACCAGACCUUCUCCAGAUAUACAGCUCACAACAUAUGUGGAUAAAAAAGGACAAAAAUCCUAGUGCAAAUAUGUUUAAAAUAAACAAGUGGUCACAUAUAACAGUGCAUGAAUGUGCUCACCUGGAAUAGAGCCAAUUGUACUAGGCUCUAUGUAUAAGCGUGUGGUGCCUUUAAGGGAGGCACUACCCUUCUUUAGAAAAUGCAGGAAGCAGUUGAAGAUCCACUACCAGAUGUAUAAGGUAAAAGUAACAAUUUAUUAAAAAAAAAAAAAAAAACAAUUAAGCAAAGUAAAACUGUAUAUACAGGUACCAAAAAGUAAAAGUCUCUGGGGUGGUCUUCCUUGGAGUUCCUUGGAGUUCCGGGUGGGGGCACCCUCAGGGCACUAUAGUGCCAGGAAAAUGAGUAUGUUUUCCUGGCACUAUAGUGAUCCUUUAAGGUCAACAUACCUGUCUUAAAAUAAAUUAUUAUUUUAAUGAGUAGCCAUCGGAAAUAAUAGGGCGUAACAGGAUAAUUCACUAAAAUGUAUUUUGUUGGGAAUUCAAAGUGAAUUUAAACUUUUUGGCCAAAAUAGCAUAAAAGAAAACAUAGUUGACUUGAAGCUUUACUUGCUAUUUUGAAAAAUAAAAUUGACUUAAAAUUGUCUGAAUUAUUUUUGAAAUCCCAACAAUUUACAAUUUAGUGAAUAUCUCUGCGAGACUCAGUCUACACAUCUUAGAAAUAUCUUCUCGAAUGUAGGAAAUGAAUGGUUACUUACUAACACUUUAUCACUGUGCAACUCUUUAUACUUAUGUCCCUGUUUCUUGUUUCAGACAACCAGGCUCCUGUGAUUCAUUCCUUGCCCAACAGAUUGCUGACUUUUUACAGUGAAAACUUUGUCUACCAGUUUAUGGGGUCUGAUCCAGAAGGCUCUGCCAUUCUUUUUACACUGGAAUCUGGUCCAGAAGGUGCCAGCUUAUCACCGGCAGGGCUAUUGAUAUGGAAAGUUAUGUUGCAGAGUACGCAGAAAGUUGUAUUUUUUGUAGCCGAUGAUUGCAAUGCCAAGACCAAUGUAACAGUGGAGGUAUGUUUUCUAUGUGCAAUGUAAUAAAUCAGCACAUUUAGAGUCAUUUUUUUGUUCCUCGUUCACCUAAUUGUCUGAAGGACCUUUCAUUAGCUUGCCAAAUACAUAAAAGCUUCGGGGCUUAAAUUCAUCCUGAGGCAUGUUAUUUUUGACCUCAGCUGUGAACACUCCACAAGAAGAGGAAGAUGUUUGAAGGUGGUAUUUUACAUGAGUCAUCUACUGUACAAGCUAUUUCUUGUGACAUUUCCUGCACAUCAAAGGCCAGACACUUAAGAUAAGUGCUUGGCAAUUGGCAAUGGUAGUUAUAAAUUUUAAUGCAUCCUUUAAAAAAUGGGAGAAAAAGAUGAAAAAAGCAAUAUUUAUUACACAAAAUAGCUCUUAAAAGACUUAUCUUUGUCGGAAAGGAAAUGUAGAAAGAUCUUGAAGCAAAACUCGUAAUCAGAAGAGGCAGUUUUUAGUAAUGGAAACAGGCCAAAAUAUUUUCCAUCAGUUCAGGUAAGGUGUAGAAGAUAAACUGAGAUUUAAUGAACAAAUUCCCACACUAAGUUUUUAGGUACAACCAAUCAUUUUUUUAUGAUAUCAAUUAUAAGUAUAAGUAAAAUUUUGGUCCACAAAUACAAAUCCUUUAUUUAAAAUAUAUGUAUUCAAAAAUCUAAUUUUGCACAACACUUAAAUAUACCAAGAAUAACUUUAGAAUAAGCCCUGCCUUAACCCCUUAAGGACACAUGACAUGUGUGACAUGUCAUGAUUCCCUUUUAUUCCAGAAGUUUGGUCCUUAAGGGGUUAAACUCGCCAGCUUUGAAAAAACACAUUUUACACAAAUGUUACAGAUGAUUUGCAAACGAUGUGUCAAAUAUGCAAAUGAGCACAGAAGAGUCUGUUUUUAGAUUCCAACCCAUAUUUCUGCAAAUGCCUUAGCAUGUGUGUGUGUAGCCAAUCAGUGUGAUCCCAGAGGUCAGAAGUAGAAAGGAAAUUUAAGCUCUCUUCUCAUUAGGGGGAUUAUGCUGUUUAUAAUUCAAUUGAUUAUUUUAAGUUCAUGGAGUAUGCUGAACUGAAUAUACUGAAGUAUUUUCCUGGAUACAGGCAUGUGCUUUAUUAACAGAAGGAUAACAAAGAGUAAAAAAUAUAUAUUUGGCGAUGACUAGUUUUACAGAGUUUUACAAAGUGGGUCUAACAUUUUUUUUCAUCCAAGCUAAUUUAGUAGAUAGAUUUUAUUUUUUAAAGUAUAAAUAAAAUUUCUAAGUAUGUACAUGCUUUUUUGCAAACUCUGAAAUUUUAGGAGAAUUGUUUUCUAAAAGGGUAUAGGUCCUAUUAAAGACCAGAUAAAAUAAUUAUCCUUAUGGGGUUAGGGCCAUGCCCUUGGUCACAUCUGGUGUCUAUAAUUACUAAGGGUUUCCAAUCUGCCAAUACCAUUCUAUAUACGUUGGUCAAGGUCACAGACAGGGGAACACAAGAACUGGAAAAUGAACAGGCAAGUAGUAAUUGGGAUGCUAGUUAAAAACUGGGCACCUAAAUAAGGACAAGCUUAGGCUAAAGUCAUAAGAUAAUUUCGAGAGGAAAACAGAAACAAAGUGCAGUCUAUAGUAGGGAACAAGGGGUGUUUGUGAGCAACAUAUAAGAAUCAUAAACUGAGAUACAGAUGCAUGAUAAUAUGGACCCUGAAGGAAAAACUGUGGUAAGGGAUGGGUUGGAUUAUAUAGGUUUGCUGGUAUAGAGAGAAGUUGUUCAGAAUAUUUACUGACUGUAAGCAACUGACACCUCCAAAGCAGUAUAAACAUGAAAGUAAUACCUAGCAGACUGCCAGUGCCAGUGCUUUCCCAAUGCUCUCCAAUAUACUACAAAAGCAUAAAAGGAAAACAAAAGUAGGAAUGAAAAAUGCACUUUGCACUUCACCUGUACCCUAAUAUGCUACGUACAUAAUUAUACAUACAUCUAACUGGUCACCCAGUACAACUCGCAUACUACUGUAUAUAGACAUUAUAAUCAUUUUAUUUACAUGAUCAUAAGUACAUUUUGUACAUUUCUUGUUAUGUAUAUUAAUGUUUCAAGUUUGUUUUUAGGUUAUUGUUAAGCCCUGCGGGUGCUUGAAUGGUGGAUCAUGUGUAGCCAAUAUUAACUUUCCUCCUGGAAAGGGGGAAUAUCUUUGUGUAUGCCCACCUGGCUACGAGGGUGAAUAUUGCCAAGUUGAUAUCGAUGAUUGCCAGUCGAAUCCUUGUGGUCGUGGUAUAUGUGUGGAUGAAAUAAAUAGUUAUCAUUGUGAAUGUCCUCUUGGUCUAAAAGGUGAGAACUCAUAGCUAAAAUACUUUGUAUUCUAUUUCAUGUAAAUGUAUGUAAUCUUUUUCUGUGUUUGUUACCAUACAGGUGAUACUCGAAAAAUGAGAAUAUAGUGCAAAAGUUCAUUUAUUUCAGUAAUGCAACGUAAAAGGGGAAACAAAUAUAUGAGAUAGACGCAUUACAUGCAAAGCAAGAUAGUUCAAGCUGUGAUUUGUCAUAAGUGCGAUGAUUAUGGCUUACAGCUCAUGAAAACCCCAAAUCCACAAUUUCAGUAAAUUAGAAUAUUGUGAAAAGGUACAAUAUUCUAUGCUCACAGUGUCCCACUCUAAUCAGCUAAAUAAGCCGUAACACCUUCAAACGGUUUCUGAGUCUUUAAAUGGUCUCUCAGUCUGGUUCAGUAGGAAUCACAAUCAUGGGGAACUGACCUGACAGUUGUGCAGAAAAUCAUUGUUGACACCCUCCAUAAGGAGGGAAAGCCUCAAAAAGGUAAUUGUGAAGGAAGUUGGAUGUUCCCAAAGUGCUGUAUUAAAGCACAUUAAUAGAAGGUUAUGUGGAAGGGAAAAGUGUGGAAGAAAAAGGUGCACAAGCAGCAGGGAUGACCGCAGCCUGGAGAGGAUUGUCAGGAAAAGGCCAUUCAAAAGUGUUAGGGACUUUUACAAGGAGUGGACUGAGGCUGGAGUCAGUGCAUCAAGAGCCACCACACACAGACGGAUCCUGGACAUGGGCUUCAGAUGUCGUAUUCAUUUUGUCAAGCCGCUCCUUAACAACAACAAUGUCAGAAGCGUCUUACCUGGGCUAAAGAAAAACAGACCUGGUCUGUUGCUCAGUGGUCCAAAGUCCUCUUUUCUGAUGAAAGCAAUGUUUGCAUCUCAUUUGGAAACCAAGGACCCAGAGUCUGGAGUAUGGAGAGUAUGGAGAGGCACACACUGCAAGUUGCUUGAAGUCCAGUGUGAAGUUUCCACAGUCUAUAUUGAUUUGGGGAGCCACGUCAUCUGGUGUUGGUCCACUGUGCUUCAUUAAGUCCAGGGUCAACGCAGCCGUCUACCAGGAGAUUUUGGAGCACUUCCUGCUUCCUUCUGUAGACGAGCUUUAUGGGGAUGCUGACUUCAUUUUCCAGCAGGACUUGGCACCUGACCACACUGCCAAAAGCACAAAAGCCUGGUUCAAUGACCGUGGGAUUACUGUGCUUAAUUGGCCAGCAAGCUCGCCUGACCUGAACCCCAUAGAGAGUCUAUGGGGCAUUGCCAAUAGAAAGAUGAGAGACAUGAGACCGAACAAUGCAGAAGAGCUGAAGGCCGCUAUUGAAGCAUCCUGGUCUUCCAUAACACCUCAGCAGUGCCACAGGCUAAUAGCUUCCAUGCCACGCCGCAUUGAGGCAGUAAUUGCUGCAAAAGGGGCCCAAACUAAGUACUGAGUCCAUAUGCAUGCUUAUACUUUUCAGAGGUCCGAUAUUGUUCUAUGUACACUCCUUGUUUUAUUGAUUGCAUGUAAUAUUCUAAUUUAUUGAGAUUGUGGAUUUAGGGUUUUCAUAAGUUGUAAGCCAUAAUCAUCUCACUUAUGACAAAUCACGGCUUGAACUAUCUUGCUUUGCAUGUAAUGCGUCUAUCUCAUAUAUUAGUUUCUCCUUUUACGUUGCAUUACUGAAAUAAAUGAACUUUUGCACGAUAUUCUAAUUUUUUGAGUAUCACCUGUAUAUGGAAACCCCAUUCCACUGUAGUAAAUUAAUAUUACAUAGAACCAUAGCAUAUAGCAUGAAAAUUGUAUUUAUGCAAAUGUUAAACCACUUCUAGCUUAAAGUUGCAAUAGUUUAAACAAACAGUAUAUUAAAUUAAUAACAAUCUCAAACAAAACCAUGAUUAGAACAGGUGUUCUGACAUAGACACUUCUCUUAUGUGUUGUCAUUGAUUGUCACUGAUUCACUUUUAGCAUGAACCAUAUUGAUCCAGGAUUCAUUAUGAAGAACCCUAUUUUAUGAGAAAACAGCGUCUAAAGACAUCAAAAUCGAAGAUUGAGUGAUUAAUGAAUAAAUUCUUAAUCCUGAAAUGCCAUUAUUUUGCCCCAAAACAUGCUUUGCAUUUUGUAUCUUUCAUGUUACAUGAUAAUAUUAGCCUAGGAUAAUAUUAAUAUAGGAUUAGUGUGUUAGGUUUAGAUUGGAUUUGAAUGGUUAGUGUUGAUGUACGGAAUUCUAAAAGAAUGAUCUGGCCAUUGAAAUAAGAAGCUUGUGUAUAGUUGUAUUCCAUGAUGGUAAUAAGAGUAUUGAGGUUUUUUUUUCUUUCAUUCAUUAGUAUACCAAUAUUUGCCUUUUAGGAGUAACAUGUCAAGAAGAUGUUAAUGAGUGCUCGACCAGUCCUUGUUUUCCAGGAGUAACUUGUACUAAUACCUUUGGUUCAUAUACAUGCAACCAGUGUCCGAAAGGCUAUGAAGGAGAUGGAAUUACAUGUGGUAAAUAUAUUAUCUAAAUGUAGUAGAACAACUAUUUUAAAUCUGCAUAUAAGUUUGUUAUUGUAAUACUACAACUAAGUCAUAGAAUUUUUGGAAAUAACACACAAGAUAAAUCUGAACAGGGCUGUAUAUGAAUACUUCAGUAGUAUGGCUGCUACCAGUUUAUAGAGUGACUCCGCCUUACCAUCCGGUGUGAUAAAUACAACUACUGCUGGUGAAUAAACUACUUAUCAAAUAAAGUCCUUGUGGAUGGUCAUUUAUGGGAUAAGAUCAGAUCCCAUCAAGUGGAAUGAGAUGCUACUGAUUGGUGGAGUCUCUUCCUGGUGACAGAGAGAUUCUGUCUGAAACUACAGUCUAAGCUGCACUCUAACUGUGUAUUUUAAUUAUCUUGGAAGAUUUUUAUUUAACAUUUUAAACAUUUAAACCACUGCUUUCUGUCUGAGCUAAGCCCUAGAAGAAGCCAUAGGCAGUAGUGUAGUGCCUUUCUCAGAAAAGACAGCGUUUACAAUGCACAGCCUGCAGGGACAGAUUUUACGCUCCCUCUAAAAAACAAAAUAAAGUACACCUAGCAUAAAUAAAAUAAAACUGUCAUUAUGUACAACGUGUUUUGCAGGGUUAUUAAUUUUUUGGAAUGUUGAAAUGUAAAAUUUUUAAAGAAGAAAUAUCUUCAGCAUGAUGAAUAUAAGUCACCUGUAAAAAUUGUUGUGGUCAUUGCCAUUUAAGUCGUAAUAUAUCUGUUUUUUGGUUCUUGUCAAUCUUCCUCUUUCCAGUAUAAGUUAACCUAUUUCCACAGACAACAGUUGACCUGUCUGACUGCUUGGGACACAUGUAGCAGCCUUCUGUACACUAGGUAGCGGAGAGUCAUUAAUUAUUUUAUCCAAUGACGUAACACAGAGCACAUAGAGGAGGGAAUCUUUAUGAUUUUCUUCAUGGUUUGUUGUUAUGUAUAACAGAAAGUGCACAGUUACAAAGAAAAAAAAACAUGAAGAAAGUACCUAAAGGGAUAUUGUAGUCCUCUAAAGCCCAUCAACUUGCUGAAGUUCUCUAUGGGUUCAAAUUCCAAGUAAGUACUUCUCAGUGGUUUCAGUGUUUUUCUUUGAAAAACAUGGUUGACGAAUUAUGACAAUUUGCGCUAUGGGUCCCAAAGCUUCUCUGUGUGGACGCAAUGAUGGCUUCACAGGCAGAUAAGAGCUGUAUUGAGAAGACUAUCUCAGUGUUAGAGAACUUACUUGAUAUUAAACCCUUUCAAUGCUUUUAUUAUAAAUACAGGUAGAAACCCUCCAAUUAAAAAAUAUAUUUUUUUUAAUUGGAGUGUUGCUUUAAGAAUUAAGAAAUGUCAUUAUGUAAACCUGAUUUUGCUAUAUAAUUACCGAACUAUUUUAAUUAUUUCACCUUCAUUUUAUGCAGUCCAAAUAUUUUUGACCACUCAGAUGCCACCCGCUUUACUUCCUGAGGCCUUUACAGAGGAUUAUGAAGACAAUGCCAGAAGGUUUGGAGGGCAUGAAAAAUAUAAUAAGGAAGUUUUUAAAACUGUAUCAGGUUAGUAUUAUUUAAAGCACAAUAAUGAACAUCAUAAUGAUGAAUCUCUAGGGGUUUUUUUUUAUGUCCUCCAACAUUCCAAAGUUUAAAGAAACCUUAAUUAUACCAUUUUUUUUUUAUUCUAAAGAAAACAAACUAAAACCUUUUGUAAAUGGAAAAUUACCUAAUUAGUAUGGAUAUAGUAUUAACCACAUCUUCAAUGUGUGAGUGCUGGGUAAAUUGUAGGAAGUGUAAUUACAUUGCUCCAUGACCUCAUACAGGUGUCAGUCAGCAAACAUUUAAAGGAUGAAAAAAUACUUUAUUGCAGCAUAAGAGUAAUAGUGUCCAAAUAGAUAAUAAUUGGACCUAGUUAGCUUACUUUUUUACUUUUACACUGAUGCAGCAGUAGUGUUUUUUUGUGUGCAUAUUUUGCACAUGUACAGCUUGUUGAUUGUGUCAGUAUUGUCAGAAUUGAAAGUAUUGGAUUCCAUGUUGCUUCAUCUUACCUCGCUCUGUUUCACUUUGGCUUAUGUGUCAAAGCUGUGGGCAUGUGGACUUCACAAAAUUAUAUCUGCUACUGGCAAGUCCACAUUGUUGUGGAUGCUUUUUGUGAAGCUACAAGUCCAGUUAAAGGGACACUAUAGUCACCAGAACAACUACAGUUUAUUGAAUUUGUUCUGGUGAGUAUAAUCAGUCCCUUCAGGCUUUUUUUCAGAGAAAAUGCAGUGUUUACAUUGCUCCAUAGGGAUACCUCCAAUGGGUACUAGAGGUGCUUCCUGGGGCAGCGCUGCACACUCUACAGCACUGCCAUUCAGUAUCUCCACCCUCUGCAUGGAGACACUGAACAUUCCUCAUAGAGAUGCAUUGAUUCAAUUCAUCCCUAUGAGGAGAUGCUGAUUUGCCAGGGCUGUGUUUGACUUGUGCUGGAUCUGCCCAUGAUCUGCCUCCUUGACAGUCCUAUGUAAAAGCAUUGUGAUUGGCUCAGCUCUCCAUUUCUGAUCAUUUCAGCCAAAUAGGUAGAUCAGGGGCAGAACCAGCAGCAGCAGAGUGGAACAAAAGUAUGAUCUUACUAUAACAGGGCAAAAGGGAGGAUGGGGGGGGGGAGGGGGGCUAGGGGGCUUGAUCGUGUUUUUAACACUAUAGGGUCUGGAAUACAUGUUUUUUUGUUCCUGACCCUAUAGUUUUACUUUAAGUUUACAUUCAGAGAUGUAUUAUAAUUUUUCCAGACUGGAUGCUCUCUGCCAAGCUUGCUUAAGCACAACAGAGCUCCAUGUGUGGAGUUAUGAAAGCUCCAUUUGACAUUAUAUGGAACAUUGAUGUUCCUGAGCAACACAUGUCUUAAUAUUAUAUAAUGAAAACAGCUGUUCAGGUUAUUCUUGUUUGUGCAUAGAGUACUGAUAAUUUUACAACAUAUUUGACAUAUAUUAUACUAUAUUUGAUUUAAUGCUGGCUACAUCUGUUUAUAUGGAAUUAUACGUUUUACUACAUGUUCCACCACAAAUAGAACACAGCAAUGUUUUCUAUCGGCCUCGUGUCUAUUAUGCUACAACAUCACUUCUUUGUACAUCAUCGCCAUUGACAAGGGUCAACAAUAAUGAGUCUGACAACACCCUAUUUUAUGUGGCAUGUAAGUUAAAGGACCACUAUAGGCACCCAGACCACUUCAGCUUAAUGAAGUGGUCUGGGUGCCUGGUCCAGCUAGGGUUAACCCUUUUUUUAUAAACAUAGCAGUUUCAGAGAAACUGCUAUGUUUACACUGAGGGUUAAUCCAGCCUCUAGAGCCUCUAGUGGCUGUCUCAGUGAGAAGACGCCAGCGUCCAUAGGAAAGCAUUGUAAAUGCUUUCCUAUGAGACUGGCCGAAUGCGCGCGUGGCUCCUGCCGCGCAUGCACAUUCAGCCGAUGACGUCGCUAGGAAGGAGGAGAGGAGGAGGAAAGCUCCCCGCCCGGCGCUGGAGAAAGGUAAGAUUUUAAACCCUUCCUCUCUCCGGAGCCUGGCGGGAGGGGGACCCUGAGGGUGGGGGCACCCUCAGGGCACUAUAGUGCCAGGAAAACGAGUAUGUUUUCCUGGCACUAUAGUGGUCCUUUAAUGUCAUUUUUAGCUGUUGUGUAUCCUGUAAAACUCUAAUGCAAACCUUACGUACGUUUCUCUCUAUGUUUAAAAGGAAGGCAUCAGGAUAAAAUUAAAUUAUACAUUUAUUUUUCCUUCCAUUUUUUUCUGACAAGUUGCACAGCAAACUAAAAAACUAAAAAGAAAAUUACUAUCCAUGUUUGAGUAAGCAAAAACAAUACAGCAUAUUGAUGAGGCAAAAACCUCAAGUGCAUUAAAACAGUUUUAGUAGCCCUAGUGUCCCUUUAAUAAAUUGUAAGCAGUUCAGAUGAUAUCAUGGGUUGUGAUCCUGUUUUGAUCAAAGAUAUGGCUAAUCUUCAAAGAGGAUUAUCACAGUAUUAGGACAGAAGAAUAGUUUAGUGAUCUCUUUGAAGUCAAUGAAAACAGUUCCAUACUAUCAGUUUAGAGCAGAGCAAAUUAGAAAAAUAGCAAUGUUUGCCAUAUGCAGGUUUCAUGAGGGGCGUCAUAAUAGUUAGUGAAAAAUACACAUUGCAGGGAUGUAGUUUAAACAGUGAAUGUCUGCAAAAUCUACCCAAUCAAGUAUUCAAAAUAAAUCCCCUGGAGAUUCCUUUCUAAUUCUCACCCUGACUUCUAAAUCUUUCUAGCAAGUCUUUUAAAUGCCAUGCUCAAAGUGAUCUUGUCUCUUAUUUGUAAAUAAGUGUCCCUGUCACCUAUGCCUUUGUACCCUUUCUGAAAAAUAUACACACAGGCAGAACUUUUAAAAUGUUUUUUUCUCUGAAGGAUAUAUACAAUGCAGUAAUUUUAAUUUGUAUACACUUCCUACUCAAGUGUGUACCCUACAUGAUAUAUUCUUAUUAAGAUGAGAUCCAAAAGAACAAGUAGGCAAAAGUAGUCUUGCAGGGCAGGCUGAAAAAGGCAAUAUAUUAUUGUGCCAUCCCAGUAUUCUUGCUGGUCAACUAAUGACUAGAGAUGUCGCAAACCGUUCGCAAACUUUUCGCGAACGGUUCGCCACGGUUCGCCACGAACCGUUUGUGGCGAACUCCGGUCAGCUGACACGUCCCGGCCAAUCUCCAGCAGACCCUCCCUCCCAGACCCUCCCACCUCCUGGACAGCAUCCAUGGGAGGGAGGGUCUGCUGGAGAUUGGCCGGGACGAGUCAGCUGACCAGAGUUCGCUGCGAACGGUUCGUGGCGAACCGCAGUGAACCGUUCGCGAAAAGUUCGCGAACGAUUCGCGACAUUUCUACUAAUGACAUGUUGAUUAAUAGUAACAACUAUGAACAUUCUCUCUGCUUUCUAUCAUUUAUAUGUUUUGAUUGAACAAAAAGAUAUAAAUGAGUAAAUUCACAACAAAUUUGCAUAAUUUGCAUCUGCAGUCACCAAAGUAAUGUAAAGUAUGUUCAACUGUCUCUGUACUUUCUUCAUUGGUUGUAAUUGCCAGUAAUUGGUUGUACCAAUAAAUGUUCCAAUUUUUGUUUGUACACAACUCAGGAUCUUCAACAAAGCCUACUAACCAGCCCAUGAUCACUUUAGGUGAUCCUAUUCCAACUGUCGCUGUGAGGACAGAAAGCAUCACCGUAAAAACAACUCGGAAUGAUCCAUCAGUUCUAACAGGUAAUGUCUCCAAAAGAACUUUGUCAACAUUACUGAAUGGUCGCCGAACAACUUCAAAACAAGCUCAUACGGCCUGGCUAACAAAUCAUCUACUAAGAUCAACUCACAGAGGAAGCAAUUCAAACAUAUACCCUACUCCACCGAGUAGGACUAGCAACUCCAAACACAGAUCCACACUGACAGGAAGGAUAGCAAAGGAUGCUUUAAGUAAGAAAAGCGAAGAACUCAUUGAUCAGAAUAUAGUUACCAAUUCCAAAUCACCUUUUACAGCACUUAAAGAUAAUGUUUACAACACCUUAAACAGAACAAACCACAAAGGCGAGUUGAAAAGUGCAUAUACAGUGGCUCCUGCAAGGUUAACUUGUGCUGAUUCUCCCUGUUUCCUGGGAGUUAAUUGUGAACCGAGCCAAGAUGGAGGCUUUAAGUGCGGAAGAUGUCCUUAUGGCUACUAUGGAGAUGGAGUUACCUGCAAAGGUAUAGUGUGACCAAAAUGUAAUACUUUCAGUAGAUUGCAAAUGUAUAGAUAAAAAGCACUGACUAAUUUUCAUGGGAGAGAUUUAUAUGACAUGCAAAGUUUACCUUGAAGCCAAUAUAAAAAAAAUGUGUAAAAGAAGAAAUAUACACAAUAAGAUAAUACAAUACAAUAAGACAUGUAUCUAUAUAGUUUGGGUACAAUGUCCGGUCAUGUUAACUCAUUGAUGAAUAUCUUUUGGCACACCAGCUGUUGUGGUCUUUAUAAUACUUCCUUGUCUCUGUCACUUCAUCGUGGUAAAAAUGCAACUCAGCAUUUGGAACUUUAUGGUAAGCAUGCCCCAAUAAAUCACUUAGAGAGAUGUAUCGCUUACAGUUAUUGGCUUGGUAGUAAGCACAAAAGCCAAUAUUAAUUUGUCUAAUACAUUAACGGAUUAAAUUAGUGACAUUUAGUAAAAAAAAAAUUAUUCUUAUAUAUAAUUUCUUUGAUGGUUGAUCUGUCAAACCUAGCCAUACCUUAGAAAUACUACAGAGACCUAGAAAAUGGAUGUGUAGAUACAGAAUGUCUGUGUUCUCCUCAGAUAUCUCUUAAUUUUUCUCUGUCAAUGUACCUUUAAAAUUUACAAUGCUUGUCCUCCUUUGGUGUAGCAAUUUGCCGGCACCCAUGCAGAAAAAAUAUGGAAUGUGCAGCACCAAAUGUUUGCAAAUGCAAGACUGGCUUUUCUGGAUAUAACUGUCAGACUGGUAAGCACUCCUACACAGUAAUUAUUUGUCUGCCUCAAUGUUUACAGCUGAAAAUAAUUUUCCUCCUAAUAAUUAGACUUGAUCUUUCACAGCUGUGUGUCGUCCGGAUUGCAGGAAUCGUGGGAAGUGUGUUAAACCCAAUGUCUGUGAAUGUGCUACAGGUUAUGGUGGUAUCAACUGUGAUGAAGGUGAUAAGAGUUUGAUAAUGACAAUACCAUUUAUAUUAUGAGCUGUUUUAAUUAAGCUACACAUAAACACAGUUCCUGAUCUUGUGUUCAGUUAAUUAAUUUCUGUCACCAAAACUGUAUAUAUUUUUGAAUGGGCUCUUGCUCAUGACAGUUCACUUGUGGAUUGUACAACCAGUGUAUCUUGAGAAUAUGCCACGUAAACCACUGCUUUUCAGCCUCAUUUAGAGUAUAUUUGCCCAUAAGAGUAAACCAGUUUUUUUACGAUUAAAACAAUAAACUUAUGGAAUUUUCUGCCUAGAGAGAGUGCCUUAUAAAUUCACUGAUUGACUAAAUAUUUGUUAGGGAAUGCAGGGGAUUUAGAGUGAUAAUGUAAAAUUUGGUCAUUUUUAAAAGCUUUUAGAUCCAAAAAGAAUUGUUUUACUUUGGGAUGAAGAAAAUAUCAACCAUGACACUUGUUAGUAAAAUUUGAUUUCAGCCAAGCACCUUAAAUAUUAUCACCUAACACUAAACACAAAACCAACAAUGUUGUAUGCCAUGAACUUCAGUAGUUCAAAAAGCAAUAAAGUAAAUUUAGGAUAUAUGUAGAACAGGAUAAAAAAAAACAGUUAUGUAGAGGACACAAUUAAAACUGCCACGUUGGUGCUUUGGGUCCACUCCAUGGUAACUUAUUUAAAAAACAAGACUACCGGGUUAACGUUUUGAGGUCAACUUUUAUUUACAGUAUUUUUUAUCUUUACAAUCAGUUAAAUGAAGCAUAACAAAUCGUUUAAUGUAGAAAACAGAAAGAAGGUAUAACUGUCAAAACAUAUUCUGACCCCUGUCUUACUGCUGCAAACAACUUAUAUCAUCACCGUCACCAUAAAUCCUGUCAGAAAGCACCUGACUGUGGUAGUUUCACAAGAAAAAGAUGUAUGGCGGGCUCCUGUAGAAACAUAAUGGUUACAAAUGCAGGGGUUACAGAAUAGUUUAAUAGAGAGAUUGCACAUUUUGCCACUCCAGUAGUUGACAAUCAGACUGAUUGAUAAUUGACCACUCUUUCAAGGGACUAAAAACAUGUUUUAUUACUAGAGGAGCGCAGGGCAGAAUGCUUUCUUAAAUGACAAGACUCUAUAACUCCACAACAAGAUACAGUAACCUAUUUUCAAGACAUGUUUCCUUUGUACUAAAUACGUGUAACAAUUUAACCUGGUCCUGUCACCAUCCCUAAUGCUCAAAUCAUUGAAAGUAAACAUCUUGAUAUAUCUUCUGUAAUUUUCCAAAAACAAUACUUUAUUCAAAUUCAGACAUGAGUAGAAAGGAAUACUGGCCAUCAGUGGGUGAAUGAAUAAUUCGUAGACUUGUGCACCGUGACAAUAAAUAGCCAUAAUAAUUAAAAGGAACACAAUUGCAGAAGGAAUAGGUUUUGCAGAUGUAAAGUAGACCCACCUAAUAAGUAUAACGUCUCCAAAACAUUUUAGUUCUUGGGAAAGUGAAGACACAAUUUACUUAAAAUGUUGUAAGAUAAGUUUAACGAGGCAAAGCUCUCAACAAUGACAGUUAAACACCCAGGGACCACCACCAUGACAGUUAUGUCUUUCUGUAAUAUGAGUCCUUAUUUGCAGCUUAUUGUGAUCCACCAUGUGAACAUGGAGGUGUUUGCCAGGCUAGAAAUAUCUGCACCUGUCCAUUUGGUUAUGUCGGGCCACGAUGUGAAACAAGUAAGCAUGCCUUUUAUUUGAUUUAUUUUUAAUUUUGUAAUGUAGCAAAUAUAAAGAAAUAUAACAACCAAUCAUUAGAUUGCAUCGUUUACAGAUACUUACAGUGCUUGGAAACAAAAGGAAAGGAUUGAAACAUGGAAUGUACCUGUCGGUGCCUUCUCCCACUAAUCUAAGUGCCACCUGUCUUUAUUACUGCUAUUAAUAUAGGACAUGGUUUCGCACCUUAAGGGCAAAGGCUAUUGUCCAACUUCUGAAACUAAACAAAAACUAGAAUGUGUUUGUUCCAUCAUAAAUUAAGGGUUUAUCCUCAAGUGCUCCCACAUAUACUAUUUGUCGCUUUCUUUUAAGGUCAUAAAUGUUUUGUUUAAUAAUGGUAGUACACUCACAUUUAUGCGAGCUAUAGCCAGCUCUAGCGUAAUAGGCGUACAGUGGUAUAAUCCCCACUUAUAGGAUGUGCAGCAAGUGUCGACCUCAGGAGCAAAACUCAGGAAAGGGAUAGAAAGACAACUAAUAGUGCUCUCAAGAUAAAAAAUAUCAAUAGAUAAAAUAAAUAAAAAUGUACUUACAAGGACAGAGCAGGCUUACUGCUCUAUGGUGUCAUCAUUGGUGGUAUCAUCCCCACCUAGGAUUGCUUGGAGUGCAGGAAAAGUAAAAUGCCAGGAUGUAAAAUCAGUGUAAAGAAAAUAGAUAAUUGGUACGGGGUAGUUUCCUCAAGUGUAUUAUUUUAUUUUAUUUAUUUUUUUUGUCACUACCCUGUGCCAAUUAUCUCUUUUCUUUUACACUGAUUUCACUUAUCCUGUACUCCAAGCAAUCCUAGGUGGGGAUCAUACCACCAAUACGGAUACCAUAGAGCAGUUAGCCUGUUCUAUCCUUGUAAGUACAUUUUUAUUCAUUUUAUCUAUUGAUAUUUUUAUAUUGAGAGCACUAUUAGUUGUUUUUCUAUCCCUUUUCGGAGUUUUGGAUAUCGCUCCUGAGGUGGAUAUUUGCUGCAUAUUCUAUAAGUGGGGAUUAUACCGCUGUACGCCUAUUACGCUAGAGCUUUUUGGUGAGCAAACAUUUUCAGCACACUUGAAGGAAUUAAAUCUGUGACCAGUGGCCUCUGGCAGAGAAAUGUAUUCCUCUACAGGCUUGUAAUCAUUCCAGGAGGAUAAAUGAGGGUGAGUGAAGCUUUAUGGUCUAAAUUUCCUGCAAAAUACAUGGAAGUAACUAAUGGCAAUAUAGAAAAACCAAGGACAGCAGGAAUAGUUUGUUUUAUUGUCUAGGACAUUAUUAUAUACCAAGUGCACAUGUGAUGUAGCAGUGUACUCUAUGCUGUGUUGUUAUGGAAAUUAGUUAUUUAUUUACUUUGUCUUCUAUCCUUGGUACAGUGGUUUGUAACCGACAUUGUGAAAACGGUGGAGAAUGCAUUUCCCCAGAUGUGUGCAAGUGCAAGCCUGGUUGGCAGGGGCCCACAUGUAACACAGGUAUUUAAUGUUUUGUUUUUUUAUCCGUUCAAACUUACUGGAUAAUUCUACGAAUGAGCAAUUUAUUUAAAUAAUAUUUAAUAGCUACUUCUGUGCAACUUCAAAUAAUUAUUAGUAUGAUUGUACUGACUGCAGGGGACACAACAGACUCCUAAGUGACUUAUCAUGGCCAUGGAUAACUAUUUAAGAUGUAUGGUGAACAGAUUUCUUAGUUCUACUUCACCAUUUUCAGCCUGAACUAUGAAUUACAAAUGCAUGAUAUGCCUAUGAACAUACAAUAAAUAGGAAGAAUAAAUGAAGCAACAGUGCGGGAUCUGUGGCACCCAUGCAUUGAUCUCCAUGCUCUCCCACUAUACUAUGAUCUACCUUUGCCACACUAAUCAUAAAACUAUGAGAAGUGGGCCUUUAACAGUCAGAAAUAACCAAAUUUGUUAAAGUAUGAGGACCCCUACUGCAUUAUUGUGGUACUACAAAUUGUUAUUUUGCAUUCAGCUUGUAACGGAAUGGGAUAGAUUGAGUAAUUCCAGGGUGUUCUACUCUGAGUGUGAGAUCAGACACAGAUGGCUCUUGUCACCAAACUUUUUCUGAAUGCUAUGGGGAAAGUGUAAGGCAGACUUUGGCUCCCAGAUGUUAUGUGUGCAUCCAAUUGAGCCAUUACACAAGAGAUUUAUUUAGCAUUGAUAAUUUUAAAAAUGUAUCAAACAUUAUUCGACAAACUGAAACUGUAGAUUUAAUGAACAAAAAACAUGUUACCAGCAAGUGAGAUAUUAUAGUUAAGUAACUCUCAAGAUUAACUUCCUGCCGUAGAUAACUCUUCCUGGUUAAUAAGUUAAAUGACCCCUAAAGUCAACCAGCCCACUUCAUAUGUAGAUGUAUUGUGCGGAGCAGAUUGGCCUGCUGCUACUCUUUAUACACUCCAAAGUCCCCAUUACUGAUACCCUUUUGCAGGAACAUUCUGUGUCAUAAGCUACCAACCAGCCCCAGGUUAUAAAGGCUUACUGGAAAAUUUUCUGGUGAGCUCCUCUUGGGGUGCAGACCAUAAUCCAUGGACCCCUCACAGCAGCCAAAUGGACUGGUACAUGAGGGAGAUCUUUGAUCUCCCCACUGGCCAUACCAUCUCUCUCCUGCCUGCUGCCCCAAGGCUGUAAAUUGUGCAGCCUUGUGGGAAACUGUAUCCUUUUUUUACAUUUGGUGGACCUCAAAAUUUAUUUUAUGAGCUCACAUCUCACAGCAUGGGAAUAUUAACCCUCAAACUGCAGCCUAUGGGUUGAGAUGAUGGGGGAGGAGGUAUAUUGCAGUGAUUAUCCUGGUUAAUAAAGGUUUAGGGAAGCACCUUUUAAUAUUCUAAUGACCUCCUCUACUUGCAACUCACAUUUGGGCCAUUUCAGUAUUUUAUAAACGUCCACAUUCUUCUAUUUAGGGCCAAAUUUUAUUAAUUUUGGUAAGCUUUCUAAAUUAUCACAAUCUGUUUGAAAACCUUUUCAAGUUAUGUAUUUACAGAAGUCACCAAUAAAUUCUAUUUGGGAUUUUUGCAGAUUAAUUAUUUGAAAAGUGAUCAUUAAAGCAAAGGUUAUCCAAAAUAAUUAAAUUGAGGCUUUUGUUAGUAUUUAUAUAUUUGGUGCCAGGCAUCAAACAGUAUAUAAUUUAUUAUAUGAGCGUUUGUGUUCUGACAUAUAUUUUAGAGUGAUUUCUUUUAUACGAUUAAUGAAUUUUCUCAUUGAAACUGUGUUGAAUUUCUCUUUAAUGCUCUCUACAAUAUAUAAGGUAUUUGUAUUUUUAAAAUUCAGUAUGGUGUUUAAUGUGUUUUUUUACUAGCUGUCUGUCACCCAGUGUGUCUCAAUGGUGGUACUUGUAUGAAGUCUAAUACUUGCCUUUGCCCAAAUGGAUUCUUUGGUGCACAGUGCCAAAAUGGUAAGAUUAAUUUCUUUAAUUAAGAUUUUUUUUUUUUAAAUGUUAUAAUUUUGUUUUUUUGUUGUAGUGCAUACAAUGUACAGAGCACAUUGUUUGUAUAAAGGGUGAAACUGACUUUAGCUCUAUUAAUUACUAACAAAUGGAAACUUGAUUGGUUGUUAUUACGGUUAGGAGGGCAACCAAAUUAUUCUGUAAUGGCAACUUAUAUUCUAUUAUCCUUAUAAACAUCAGUUGUAACAAGUAUUUCAUUAGAUUUAUAUAAUUAUGUUUUAUUAAUGUUUUAGCUGUUUGCAGUCCUCCUUGCAAGAAUGGUGGUCAGUGCAUACGAAAUAAUGUAUGUACCUGCCCAGAGGGCUACACUGGAAAAAUAUGCCAGAAAAGUAAGUGAUUAUUUAUCUUUUUAUAGUUUACUCUAAAACAAAUAAAAUUUCUUUUUCUCUGACUGUUUAUUCCAUACACCUUUACUUUUUUUCUGAUGUUUAUUACAGUUGUUUAACAGCAUUACACAUUCCGUUAUUGACUACAUUGAUGGCUGGAGUAUAUUUCCAUCAUUUUCUUUGAGUUAUUGUGAAAUGUAAUUUAACUUCUGACACUUCUAGCUUUAUUCGGGUAGAAGAGAGUCCAUUGGAUGGAGGUGGCACAUCAAUGCGGUGUGAUUUUGCUGCCCUUGUCUGUGUUAUGUCCUUCCUUUUGUGCUAAAUCCCCUAACAGACACCAGCUGCAAAUAGGUCAGAGGCAUAAAAAAGUGCCCAUAGUCUCAAAAUACCUCUCCACUUUUGUUGAUGGUACAGUGGAAGCAUACCUGUUCUCUCGCUGCCCAGACCUAUUUUAUUAUGUGAAGAACAAUGAAAAUUUGCAGAAAUCAUUUAGGUUAUAAAUAAAACUUAACAUUUAAUAUAAUUUUUAUAAAAUGUAGAUACCUAAUAUAGUAGAAAACAUAAGGUCAAAACCAUUGUGUUUCAGCCCUCUUACUGCAUUUCUGUAGAUACCCUUGCAAUGGACGCUGUAUUAAAAGCAGAGUUUUUUAAAAUCAAAGCAUGGGCUAUGAUCCAAAAGGAUUGGUGAUCAGACACCAGCCAAGGAUUGCAGUUUCGAGCUUCUAAAUCUCAUCAGCAUGGCUACGGUUCUGUUCUUAAAUACAGUAACAGAUUAAAAGUACAUAACAAGGAACUAGAGCUAUAAGAAUAUCUGGCAUGAAAUCCGCAUUAAUUUCCUCCUCACGUUGCUGUGGUAUAUAUAUACACGUGUACACACACAUACACUCACAGACACACACAUACUCAGACACACAUACACACACACAUACUCAGACACACAGACACACAGACACUUACAUUCACAGACACACACAUACAUUCACAGACACACAUACACACACACACACACACACUUACAGACACACACACAUACUCAGACACACACACACACACACACACAAAUAUUUUUUUUUUUAAUUAAAAAAUGUCCACCCUGCCUCCCUACCUGGAGAGCUGGCAUGGACUUGUCCCUGGGGUCCAGUGGGUCAGGCACUGGGUGGGUCUCCAUCUCAGACAUUUGCUGAUGGCGGGAGCCGGAAUAUGACAUCAUAUUCCGGCUCCCAGCUACAGCAGACAGCCCGCGCGGCGAGAGGGAACAGAGAGCACACAGCUCCCUCUCCGUGUCUGAGAUGGAGACAGGCACCUGACGGGGGGGGGGGGUAUCACCUCUUGGCACCCCCUCCAAUGACAGGGGGAACACUGGGGAGGAGGAGGGCAUUUGGGGGUGGCAGAGUGCCCGCAGGAACAGCGGGAACGGCAUUCCAACGCGUUCCUGCAGGACUCACAGGCGUGCUGCGGGGAUUAGGGUGUGCCCAGGCACACCCGGCACACCCCAUGCGCACGCCUAUGGGUGUACAUGUUUUAUAUAUAAUCAUUUUAUUUACUGUGCACUUUAAGGAUUUUACGUGUGUGUCCUGGUUUUCAUAUUUGCGUUGUUCACUUUAACCAUUUUUUGUUUGUAUUGAUAUGGUGAAAUUGUAUUGAUUAAUUUCACAGUGAACAUAGCUGCAUGUUCUUCACUUUUUAGCACCGGUUUUGCCCAUUUUGUUUUUAUUGCUUAGAAAUGUUUAAUGCAGAAGCAAUAAAUUGGUUGUCAAAUUACAAAACAAGUCGGAGAGCACAUCUAAAAUUCCCAUUAAUUUAAUUUAAAAGUAUACUUUUGUUUUUUCACAUUCUGUAGGUGUUUGUGAUCCAAUGUGCAUGAAUGGAGGGAAAUGUGUGGGACCCAACAUUUGUUCUUGUCCAUCAGGAUGGAAAGGAAAACGAUGCAAUACACGUAAGGGGCAUAUCUUUGAACCAUAGCCAUGGGUUACUAAGGAAUCAACAAGUCUUUAUAUUUUGGAAAUAUUUAGUAUCUUGCUACAUGUGUGAAAGUUUGUGUAUUUUUAUUACCUUAGAGGGAAAACUAACUGCAUGAUCUGCUACAUAUAUUGGACACAUUCCAUCCAACAAUAGUAGAGUUUCCUUAGAAAAGGAGUAGGCAACCUUUGGCACUUCGGAUGUUGUCGACUACAUCUCCUCUGAUGCGUUGCCACCAUUUUGUCUGUAAAAGAAUUAUGAAAGAUGCCUACACCUGCCCUACAACUUAUAGUGAACAUAACCUUCCUUGGAAAGUUGAAGAAUAAUUGGAUAUGAUCACACUAAUACCUUCAUCAACACAAAUAAAAUGAUAUAUACAUGGUGUCCAUGUGGUAAAAUGGUACUGAGAUUAGUACAUUUCUGACUGAAAAUCCUCUAUAAGUAUCUAAGGACAAACAACAUAAUAUAGCAUAUAUAUACAAUGGAGGCAUUGUUACAAUUAAUCAGUGAACCACUUUCAAAAGUCACAACUGUCCAUAGUAGUUUCUCAGUAUUAGAGGGUGAUAUUUCAGCACCAGAAUUUGGUGAUAUACUAAUAUGCCGAGUAUGAUUAGAGUCACAUUAAACACAUUCCUUUUACAUUGAUAGAUCACAUAUGUAUUUAGAAAGAAGGGAUCAUAAUGAAAAUGGCAUAUCAACAUUUUAUUAAAAUACACAUGUAUCCAUAUACACUAUAAAUGAAUAUCAAUGUUAUAACUCGAGAUCAAGGGUUAAUUUUUAGUGAAUAUUUUAGAAGUUUAAAUAAAUACCGGUGAGACUAUUUAAUUAUUAUUAUUAUUUUAUUAUUUUUAUUUUACGAUUUAUAUAGCGCCAGCAAAAUUCCGUAGUGCUGUAUGAGACCUUGCCAUUGGUAAUUUAAAAAAAAAGGGAAGCAUGCUUGUUCAUCCUUCUGGAAGAGCCCUGAAAGUAAAAAAAUGCAUGUAUGCGCAAUAAAAUAAAGGAUUUUCCUGCUAUAGAGAUAUCCUUGAAAGUCAUUGUAUUGUAGACAUACAAAAAUAACAUAAUAUGCACUGGUAACGUAAGAAAACAAAAACAAAUUUUAAUAGCACAAAAAUAUAUAUAUUUUUUGCGCUUCAGUGCUGAUGACAAUUCGGUGGUCUAUUUUAUUUAUGUAUGUAUUUAUUUCAAUUCAACAGCAAUAUGUUUUCAGACGUGCAAGAACGGUGGUGAAUGUAUAGGUCCUGACACGUGUCAUUGCCCUCCAGAGUGGGAGGGAAGUCAAUGCCAAACACGUAAGUUAAAUGCUUUGUCUCACUAGUUUUCCCAAUCCUUGGUCUGUUUAUUUACACUUAUUAAAGAACAAGCAGUCCCUUUUAACUAUUCAGAUCUCGUUUCUUUCAGCUGUUUGCAAUUUCAAAUGUUUAUAUGGAGGGCGAUGCACAUCUCCUAAUGUAUGCUCCUGUCGUUCUGGAUACAAUGGGCUGACGUGUAGUCACAGAAUAAAGGUAAAAUGAGCAAAUAUGUUUUUAGUUAUAAGCUAACGUAGUUCUAUAUCACCUUCUAUAUAUUCUAUUUUAAUAAAUAUACUAAUGCUAAUAUUAAUAGUACAGACUUAUUAGCAGUACAUACUUUAAUUCUACAUUCAAUUAAAAAGGCUUGAAUUGUAUCCUUCCUGGUAAAAUAGUUUAUGUAUAAAUACAAAAUACAUCAUUUUUAUACCUUUUUUGUCCAUCCCUCUCUCUCUUUAAUUGCGUUGUGAUGCAUUCUACUGCAUUAUUGUAGUUGUACAUGACAUUAUUAAUUAUAACUGUACUAUCAUUGUAGUUUGAUUGAGAAAGCUUGUAGAGAACAUGCAUGCAUGAAAGAAGUUUAAAUUAUAAACAGUGUGAAUUAAACUAUACACACGCUAGAAAAGCAAUAUAAGUUCUAUUACCUUACUCAUAUAGUUUAAUUCAUGGUUUUCAUGACUAACGUUAAUUAAAGCUGAACAUGAGAUAUGCAUAAUGCCUUGAUUUAAUAUUGUUAGAUAAGGUUUCCAAAUGAUUUCAUAUUGUUAGAUAUAGACUAUACCUAUAGACUGUAAGCUUGUUUGAGCAAGGUCCUCUUCAACCAAUUGCUCCUGUAGGUUUUAGUGUAACUGUCCUAUUUAGUUAAAUCCCCCCUCUUAUAAUAUUGUAAAGUUCUACAUAAUCUGUUGGCGCUAUAUAAAUGCAAUAAUAAUAAUAGAUAAACUUUUAAAAUUGUAAAAAAAAUUUGAUACAGCAAUAUGUUUUUUUAUACUUGAUAUAUUUUUUAUAUUAUAAUAAGUUGACAAAAAUCACUUUAAAGAUGUAUUCAAAAAUAUUAAAUCAUUUGAAAAGCUUAUAUAUAAUAGACACGUGCAAUUAGUUUCGUUCCGAAUGCACAUGUGGACGAAUUUUGCGCAAAUUGGAAAUUCGGAUGCUUACGAAUGUCCAAAGUGCCGAAUUGCCAAAGUUCCGAACUGCUUCGGAUUUCAUAAAAGUGGCAAAACAAGGGGUUAGGAGUUAGGGGAAUAACAAGUGGUUAGAGUUAGGGGUUAGGUUUAGGGGUUAGGGUCCUAAUUGCCAAAGUUCCUAAGUGCCGAAUUUCGGAAGUGCCAAACCGAAUCGAAUGCCAUUGGUCCGAAUUGCUGAAGCAGACAAAUUUUUUUAAUUACCCGAAUUUCCAAAUUUUUGGCCCAUGCAUAUCCCUAAUAUAUAAUACUAAAUUGAGGCAAAAGAAAGCUCUGAGAACACUACAUGGUUUACAGAGAACUGUAAAUAUUAGUAUUGAAUGUUUAGGUUUUUUUUAACAAAUUUAUUUAAUUUUUUCACUUUGUAACACAUUAUAUAUUUAUAUCACGAAACAAAAGAUAGGUUGUAUCUUGUAUUGCCCCUCUAACAUAAAAAUAACUAUUAGGUACUGGAAUUUUGCAUAGUAAUAUUGUGUAAUAUUUUAAUUUGUGUUUAUUUUUUUACAGGGACUCCAUGGGUAAAAAUGAACGUAUGGACUUUUCAAUAAUUUUGCUAAACAAAUGCAUAAAGAAAAAUAACAUCAAAUUUACAAGCACGUUCUUUGAGCAUUAGGAGUACUGGAACAAAACAAAGUCAAUAUUGAUCAACUUUUUUCAGUAAAGAAAAAAGGCCAGUUACGUAGGAUUUAUUCACACACAGGAAACUGUUCAUUUAUACGUGGAUCACCUCUUCAUUUGCAUAAUAGAUCCAGGUUUUGAUUUAUUUUUAAAAUAAUUUCUGUCACAUUGCUGUGUGGUGAGGACUCAGGAUUUUAUUUUAUUUAUAUAAUUUUCCCCCAUUUUUACCCAAGUGACAUCAUUAAUUCCAUCAGUGGCUUCUAAUUUCCCAAGAACUAUUUUAACAGGCUUAUUAACGGAUUCUAGUAAAAAAA